CUUAAGAGGAAGUCAUUUGCCAGUCAGCAGAAAGACGGAAAACAACGUGAGAAGCAGAGAGGGAAGAAAGAUGAAGAGGGGGAAGGGGCAUGGAGAGGAAGAGAGGAGACGCUCUAAAGAUCUGAUGUUCUCAGAUGCCUGACACACACCUUCAGCCGAUAGCUGUGCAGUUUUCCUCGUGGCUCUUAAAUGUUUCGGCAAGUGUGAUGUUAAGGACAAGUGGUACCAUCUCCACCCAUCGAAUUCCUCUCCUCUAUGCUUCCUGCACAUUUACACACAAAGUCCAGGCAGGCAUGCAUUGCGGAUGGUUGAUGUGAGAACGGUAAGUAUUCCCCCCUGCAUAGAUUGGCCGUUCUAUUGUAAGAUAGGGUGGGGUGUUCAAAGACUGAACAGAGAGUUCUGAAGCAGACCUCCAAAGGCCACCCAAAGGCCAAUGGUCUGUAGCCUGGAAAUAUGCAAUAGGCUUGAAAUGCUUGGAACACCUUCUGAGAUAUUUUAGCCCAGCUGUUGUGGGUUCGAAUCCUACUCACUAGAGAUCAUACCAUUUGGAAAGGCUUCAAAGUUUAGGCCUUGCCUGUACAGUGGUACCUUGGUUCUCAGAUGCCUUGGUUCUCAAACGCCGAAAACCUGGAAAUAAGUGUUCUGGUUUUUGAAUGUUUUUCAAAAUCCAAACAUCCGACGCGGCUGUCAGCUAUUGUUUCCGGGGCACCUGCACCAAUCGGAAGCCAUGCCUUGGUUUUCAAACAUUUUGGAAGUCAAACGGACUUCCGGAUCGAAUUAAGUUCAAGAACCAAGGUGCCACUGUAUUUGGUGCUUUUGUUUUUGCUAUUUAUUUUGCGUUUUGGUUUUUGAGGCUUUUUCGGUUAAUUUGUUUUUGUGACUGUAUGGAACCCAGUUCAGCUACUGAUUGGUUGAUUGUGUGACUGUGGAAAUGGAUAAAAGCCCCCCAUCCAAACAAUGACUAUCAUCAGUGCAGGUAAGGAAAAAUAAUAAUUUUUAUUUUUAUCAUCUACAAUACUGCCUUGUUUAUUUUAUAGUACAUUGAUUAUUGCUUUCAUUUUAUGGAUCAGUUAGAUAGUAGAAUUCAUGUUAAAUUGCUAUUUUAGGGGUUGUUUUUAGAAGUCUGGAACAGAUUAAUCCGUUUUGCAUUACUUUCUACAGGAAAGCGCACCUUGGUUUUGGAAUGCUUUGGUUUUGGAAUGGACUUCUGGAAUGGAAAGAAAGAAUAGAACCAUUCUAUGAUUCAUUCUAUGAUUCUAUGAUUCUAUGAAAGUUUGAGAACCAAGGUACCACUUCAUGGUGGUAUCUGUGUCUGAGUUGCCGACUGAAGAAGCCCAGAGGACUUUCAGGCAGGGCAAACAGUACAGGGUUAGAUGUUAGAUGCUCUGUUGGUGGGUCUUUAAAUUAGCCUUUGGACCUGAGUUUAUGGCAAGAGAUGAAGAGGAUUACUACUACUACUACUACUACUACUACUAGUAAGGAUGGCAGCUUAAUUUUGCUUCUGGGGCAGCCAUAGCUUUAUGUUGCAGCAUCUGUCUUUUGUACGUAAGCACCCAGGUUCAAAUCCUGCUACCUCCAGAUAAAGAAAUUAAUAAUAAUAAUAAUUUUUAUUUAUACCCCGCCCUUCCCGGUUCAGAAAACCAGGCUCAGGGCGGCUAACGACAAAUUUAAAACACUUAAUUGAUGCAACAACAAAACAGCAUAAAAUACAGUAUAAAACGUGAAUAACAAUAAAUUCGGAAUUCAAAAAUCAAUUUAGGGAGGAAAUCCAUCCAAUAAACAUUAGAUGAUCACCAGGGCUAGCUGGCUGAAUUAGUCCUAUUUGGGCCAAUGAGGAGAUCAGGGGAGAAUUAGCUGUGGGAUCACAGAGCAGGUAAUCUUCAUAAAAAGGGGAGGGAAGGAAGGGAAAUAAAAGAUCAGAGAAAGUUCAAAAUUGAAAGCCAGGCGGAAUAGCUCUGUCUUACAGGCCCUGCAAAAGGAAGUUAAAUCCUGCAGGGCCCUGGUCUCAUGGGACAGAGCAUUCCACCAGGUCGGAGCCAUCACUGAGAAGGCCCUGGCCCUGGUAGAGGAUAAUCUGACUUCCUUAGGGCCCGGGACAUCUAAACUAUGAUUAUUCAUGAACCUAAAGGUCCUCUGCAGGGCAUACCAGGAGAGGCAGUCCCAUAAAUACGAGGGCCCUAAGGUACCAGGAUCGGGAAAGUAGUGGGUUAUGUGGACUAACAGAAUUAUUCUGCAUUAAAUAACUGCAGCUAUCAGCUUUCAACAAUAAGGGUCAGCCCCAAAACAGGUUGUAACCAAGUCCCAUUGACACAACCGCUACCCCUUCCACAUAUUCUCCUGCUUCUAAGCUGGCAGCUGGAGGAAGGGGGUAGCUGGUGCUUCUCAAGAGCAUAGCUGUCAACCGUCCCUUAUUUGGCAGGAAAGUCCCUUAUCCUAGCGCCGUGUCCCGCUGCUGUCCCUUAUUGAUGAUGUCCCUUAAAUUUCCCAAGUUUCAAAGGAAGCAACUCCUCUCCCCCCCUCCCUGCCAGCCAGGGAGGAGGGAGGCUCCAACUGUGUUGCUUGGCUGCGUUGCUCACCCAAUAAGGAGUCUAAGAACAACUGGGGGGUGGAGCUUGCAUGCCUUGUGCCGAUCAAAUCGGCCACGUUGCCUGGGGACUCGCCUUUGCUCAGCGCUUCCCAGCGGAGAGGUGACGGUGGUUUUCCUUGCUGAAUCCCCUUUGCCGGGUUGCUGCGCUGUGGGAACCACCGCUUGAGGCUUCGUUUGGCUGCUGGCUGGGCUUUCUGCCUUUGGCUCGGAGGGGCUCAGAAGGCAAACAUACCUGUGCUCUGAAAAUCCCUUAUUUUGGCUGCUGAUCCCUUAUUUCCGAGGCUGCUGGUCCCUUAUUUUCAAAUCUGCAAGUUGACAGCUAUGCUCAAGAGGGUUGGAUUUGGCCCUGGGACUUCCAGUUGCUGAUCCUCGCCUUACAAGGAUAUGAUGUGCUGGUUCAGCACAGAAGAAGCAAUAAAUGACACAGCCUUCUGGGCACACCUUUCUGAGAGUUAUGUUAAUAGGGGUCCUAUUGGGGAGGUGAUGCUGACCCCCAUCAUUGUAUUUCAGGCCAGAUGUUAUUUUCCUUGAGAGCAUCUGUAUCUCUGAGCGGCUCGCAGGUGAACCCCCUGGUGCCUCUGUAAACAAUACAAAAUAUGCUAGGUAUGAGCAAAGGCAGGAAUAGUUGUCCUUCGGGAGCCAAAUUGCUUUUAAAAGAACAGUUGUGUGUCAGCACUGUUGCUACAGUUUGAUUGCAAAGUCUAAUAAAAGAAAAAUUUGCAACGAAUGUUCUUAAAAUUUGCACUCUCAACCUUGAAUGUAUCCAAGAGCUAGACUUUCAAUGCUGCAGAAUUUAACCUUCCUGGCUCCAAACUAGUCUGAAAUGGAACUGGGGCUACAUUAGAGUGGGACAAACCUUGUCAGUUACAGGUUUUCAUUUUUCAGUUGGUCACAUUUCUGGAUUUGUUUGCAAUUUAAGCAAUUAAGUCCUCAAGAGUGUUUGUCAGCAUUUUGGGGGAGCAACAUUAUGCAUAAGAAGCUGGAGGAAAGCAAGCCGGUAAAAGCUAGGGUUGCCAUAUGUCCGGUAUUUUCUGUACAUGGCCAGGAUUCAGCUGUUGGAAACAGUGUCCAGAAGGAAAUAGCUGAAAUCCAGAUGUAUGGCAACCCAUGUCAGAAGUGCAGAAUAUUCAACAACUUUGGGCAAAACUUUAAAAAGCUCAAAAACUUUGACCAAAAAAUCUCAACAACUUUUGUGUCCAUAUUUUCACUUUUUGAAUUUUGAAACAUGCCAACCCUAGAUAGAGUUAGGUAAAGGGACCCCUGACCAUUAGGUCCAGUCGUGGCCGACUCUGGGGUUGCGGUGCUCAUCUCGCUUUAUUGGCCAAGGGAGCCAGUGUACAGCUUCCGGGUCAUGUGGCCAGCAUGACUAAGCUGCUUCUGGCGAACCAGAGCAGCGCACGGAAACACUGUUUACCUUCCCGCUGGAGCGGUACCUAUUUAUCUACUUGCACUUUGACGUGCUUUCGAACUGCUAGGUGGGCAGGAGCAGGGACCGAGCAACGGGAGCUCACCCCGUCGUGGGGAUUCGAACCGCCAACCUUCUGAUCAGCAAGUCCUAGGCUCUGUGGUUUAACCCACAGUGCCACCCGCGUCCAGAUAGAGUUAAGCCAGUGUAAAUUUACAUCAGCUCCAAACUCUGUUCAGCAGAGUUUAUAUAAAUAUCUAUAUAAAUAUAUUUGCAGAGCAAUUUCCCCUGAUAUAUCACAUUUUCAUAUGAUGUUUUCACUAAUAUAUGUAUUUUCAUGCAGACUGUUCAUUAGUAUAUGCAUAUAUGUGCACAUUGCUUGGCUGGAGAACUGCAUUGCAAAAUUCAGAGAAUUAAAAUUUUUAAAGAUGGCUGAGUUUGGGGAAGACCUCUCUGGCUCAGCAUCUGCUUUGCAUGCAGAAGGUCCCAGGUUUGAUCCCUGGCUUCUCCAGGUAGAGAUGGAAAGUUCCCCUGCCCAAAACUCCAGAAAGCGGCUGCCACCUAGUGUAGACAAUACUGAGCUAGAUGGACCAAUAGCCUGACUUAGUAUUAAGGCAUCUUCUGUGUUGUGCUAUGCUAUGUUUCAGUUCGCUGAUCAUUUCAGAGAGCACAAAUCAGGUAGGCUCACCUUUAAAAGAUGUGGAAAUGAGGAGAACCGAAUUUAAGAUUGGCAAAAUGAGAAACUUGAUAUAUUUGCCUAUCCCUAUAGCCUAUAGGUGCUGGAGGAGACUCUUGAGAGUCCCAUGAACUGCAAGAAGAUCAAAUCUAUCCAUUCUGAAGGAAAUCAGCCCUGAGUGCUCACUGGAAGGACAGAUCCUGACGCUGAGGCUCCAAUACUUUGGCCACCUCAUGAGAAGAGAAGACUCCCUGGAAAAGACCCUGAUGUUGGGAAAGAUGGAGGGCCCAAGGAGAAGGGGAUGACAGAGGACGAGAUGGUUGGACAGUGUUCUCGAAGCUACCAGCAUGAGUUUGACCAAGCUGCGGGAGGCAGUGGAAGACAGGAGGGCCUGGCGUGCUCUGGUCCAUGGGGUCACGAAGAGUCGGACACGACUAAACGACUAAACAACAAUAGCCUGCAUAGGAUCCAUAACGACAUAGGUGCUGGGUUCCACCCAACUUGGAGGAGAGUCCGUCAUGCACAUGACAUCACACACACGAUUCGAACCACCAGCCUUCUGAUCAGCAAGCCCAAGAGGCUCAGUGGUUUAGACGUGAAAGGGGAAAAGGGAAAGGGAGCAAGCUCAAUUCUUCAAAGGUUAUUUGUUUGAGCCUGCUAACAUCAGAUGCAAUUUUAUGUUUCACCUCGCAGUAGGUUUGCAGCUAACGGUGGGUUUUUUUAUUUUACUUUUUCGGGAGAGAGAGGUAGUAGCAGGCUGGCUGGCAUGAAAAUGGAAAACUGCAAAUGAGUUGAGCAGACAAAUGAAGCAAGGAGGGACAUUCACUGGAUCAGAACCAGAAAAUGGCCAGCACAGAGCGUAAUAAAUCGGCAAUACAGCUGUGCCCCGGGGCAUUCAGACAGGAAUCUAGCAGCUGAUGAUAAGAAAACAAAGGCAAAAUAGAAUUGGAGGAGAUGGCCUGUGCAAUUCGGAAUUUUUUUCUUUGCAUUCCUACAUGGAGCCAAUUUAAAUAUUAAGAACAUACGAAGGUUAGCAUAGCCUUCUUGCUGGACCAUACCAAGGUCACAUGAGACUGGCAUUCUGUUUUCAACUGCAGAUGCCUCUGAAACAGAGGUGUUGACUGACCAGGAGAACCAAACCAGUUUGUCCUGCUCCUGUGCUUUUUAAAUAGCAGCUUGAUCUACACAAAUCAGUAGGUGGAGCAUGUUUACCUGCUAAUAAUUGUAGAUCAUGUCUGUUUAGAAUCCGUAAUGGACUGAGUGAGGACUAGAAAACUGAAGCUCCAUCCGGAUAAGGCAGAGGAAUUGCUGGUAAGAGGUUCAUCUUCCCAGGGCAAGAGGGUUCAAGCACUUCUGGGUGGUGUCUUCUUCUUUGGCGAUCACUAAUAGCUGAGUAAGAUUGUCUUCCAUGAACACAGUCUUAAUGCUGUGUCAGUAGGUGACUGUGGAGGCCAAUUCUGGAUCCACAUGUCCUUCCACAGUGAGGAUGUAGCUUUCUGAGUGGGAGUUGAUCAUGGUGAGGGUUUGCCAAAAUUGCCUUCCUCUUAGCUCGUUUCUCCCUUGCGUCCUGAGUUCCCAUGUCUUCAAAGUCCAUGACACUUUUGGUAAAGGCUGUUCUCCAACUGGAGCGCUCGCAGGCCAGUGUUUCCCGGUUAUCGGUGUUUAUACUAUAUUUUCUUAGAUUUGCCUUGAGAGAGCCUUUAAACCUCUUUUGCUGACCACCAGCAUUGCGCUUUCCAUUUUUAAGUUUGGAAUAGAGUAGUUGCUUUGGAAGACGAUAAUCAGGCAUCCGCACAACAACAUGACCAGUCCAACAAAGUUGAUGUUGAAGAAUCAUUGCUUCGACACUAGUGAUCUUUGCUUCUUCCCGUACACUGACGAUAGUUCGUCUGUCUUCCCAAGUGAUAUGUACAAUUUUCCAGAGACACCGUUGAUGAAAUCUUUCGAGGAGUUGGAGAAGGCAUUUAUAAGUGGUCCAUGUUUCACAAACGUACAGUAAGGUUGGCAGUACAAUAACUUUGUAAGCAAGCAUUUUGGUUUCCCGGCGAAUGUCCCAGUUCUCAAACACUCUGCACUCUCCUUAAAUCGGAAAUGGGGAAUCCUCCAGAUAUUGCUGGACUACAGCACAUCAUUCUUGGCCAUUGCUGAUUGUCUCAAUACUCUUUGCAAAUCUCUACCACAACUCCCCAUUUUAAAAAACAAAACAAACAAAGAAGCCCUAAACCUUGCACAUAGCAAAGGCACUGCAGCCCUUGGAUCAUUUUGGGGUUUUUUGGUGCAUUUUUUAGAUAACACAGCUGGAACUGGCCAGAUCAUUGCCUCAGUCUCAGCCUUGCUCCGCCUACUGCCAGGAUGUGAAAGAUUGGAAUAACGCAAGUAGCCACCAGUCUGAUUACAAGGCUGUAAACAUUUGGGUCUAUUAAAGUGCUGUUUGAAUGAUAAAUAAUAACACUGCAGAGGAUGAUUACAAAAACAAAGGACAAAUGAAAUAACGAAGUAGAUAAACUCAUAAAAAUGACUCUGAUAUCAUGCGUGGAUAUUUUAUGAGCCCAACUAAAGUUAACUGCACAUUUUUAACGUCCAAAACACAAUAAAGAACAAACAAAGAGUUGCUUCUCAUUUUAAUAAGACACAAUUAUCCUUGUUUCUGGUAAAUGCCAAUGUCUUCCUAGACAGAAGCGUGCAGAGUGAAAAACUGAAAGUCCAGAACAAUAUAAAAAUCUAUGGAGCUGCUCUUCUAUAAAUUAUGGAUGUAAAAGGGAAAACAGAGCAUACUGAUGUAAAAUGAGCAAUCAUUUCUUUUUACUCGGAGGGACUUCAGAGGCGAUGCUAGAGAAAUCUGGUCUCCUCCACUGACAACAACCAGGUAACGCUUAGGUAUGUUGAUUUGCAGAGAAGAUAAGUAACACCUUGACAUGAGGUUAGGUUAUUUGUCCGUCCAGCUCAGCACUGUCUACUCCAUAUCCCGCAAGUGUCCUGGAAAAAACGAAACAUCCCAUUUCUCGCCUGAUUUCACACCAAACUCUCCCCCCAAAAGCAUUUUUUUCAGCACCGUGAUCUCAUGCGGUGCCCCCAAAUAUGCCUUUUUGGGGCACAGCUCUCCCCCAAUCUUUUGAGCUCCGUGAUCUUGUGCAGGAGAGCACGGGAGGAAGAUGCAUGUCCCAGGUUGGGGACUCAAGACGUUGGAGGGUGUGUUGCUCUGACAACCAGCAGCAUUAAGGAUAAUGUUUUAAUUUCCUGAAAUGGAAAUGUUUGCUCAUGUUGAAUUGCUGUGUAUUUUUAGUAUGGGGUUUUCCCUUUAGCAAUAGCUCUCAUCUGAUUGGCGAACUGUGUGUCACAUGAGAGAGGCAUUCCAUUCUGUUGUGACUAUUAUUCAAGUCACUGUCGUUUUUAACUGUUCUCAGUUCUCUCUGUGUGAGGGAGAAUCGAUGCUGAGAGACUUCUCAGGAUAAUGCAGGGGACAGAGUUUCAGGAAGAGGGCCAAGAGGAAGGGUAGCUUGUUUGAAGGCCCCCUCAAACCUAGAGCCAGGCCUGAAACCAGAUGCAGUUAUUGAAGCUAUUAUUUUAAAUCACAUCUGAAGCACAUUCUUCCCCUCAAAGGAUUCUGGGCACUGUUGUUUACCCCUUGCAGAUUUACUAUACCAUGCAACACUCAACAAACUACAGUGCCAUAUCCCACAACUGUCCCAACAAAACCGGAACAUCCCAUGUUUUCCUGCAAGAGCACGGCGGCCAUUUUGGGCAAUGGCAUCUCAUGCACUUUUGGGACACAGUCUUGUUUUCUUCGGGGUUGAGGUCUUGCAUGGCACCCCAAAACACAUUUUUGUGGGGUGCCAUGCAAGAAAAGUGUUUUUUGGGAGGUGCGUGCGAGCUCACGGGGGUCAUGUGACCCAACAUGGGAGUGCUACACCAGAAGAUGGUGCCCCAAGUUUCUCCCCGUGUUGCACUGAAGGGUAUGUCGUGCCCAGUUUUAUUCACAUCAAAUAUUUAAAGCACUAUAAUACCACUUUAAACAGUCCCAAAUCCUGAGAGUUGUUAGGAAACUCCUCUUCCGUUCCCAGAUCUGCAAUUCCCAGGGUGGAUUGACAAUCAAUCCCUCUUCACAGGGCAUAGCUGUCAACUUUCCCCCUUUUUAAAGGAUCUGAUUUCUUUCCGCAGGGCCUGUAAGACAGAGUUGUUCCGCCUGGCCUUUGGCUUGGAGCCAUUUUGAUUCCCUCCCCCUCUUUCUUUUUCCUUUCUCCUCCUGUGAUGAGGCUGCAUUUUAAUAUUUUAAUGUUUCAAUAUUUUAAUGUUGUAUUUUAAUCUUGUUUUUAAGUUGUAUUCAUUCAACUUGUUUUUAUUAUUGCUUGUUAGCCGCCCUGAGCCCGGCCUUGGCUGGGGAGGGCGGGGUAUAAAUAAAUAUUAUUAUUAUUAUUAUUAUUAUUAUUAUUAUUAAAUUCCCUUAUUCCAAAUAGGAUUCCUCGCAAGAAAAGGGAAAAGUUGACAGCUAUGAAGGUCUCCUAAAAACUCUCAGCACCCUUAACAAAUCCCAGGAUUCUUUGGGGGAAUGUAUGACUGUUUAAAGCGGUAUUGCUUUAACUCUUUGGUGUGAAUCCUCAUUCAGAAUCUGAUUACAAACCACCUUUGUUGAGGAAAACCCAUAUUGCUGAGAACAUCAUAAAAUAGUUCUCACACCACUGACCGGAAAGGGAAGGUGAGUCACACACACUGACUGAAAAGGCAUUACUGGCUGCUGAGAGACCAUUUCUUAUUUUAUUUUGCCGAAUGCUUUGUAAACGCAACUGUACCCUUCUUUUUGGAGAAGGGUUGGUAACUUUAAUUAAUUAAUCUGGGGAUCCAAAAUGUUCCUUGUAAAAAUGCAAGCUGAUUCAUAUGAGGCAGACUGCUGUACUGUUUUUGACACCUCCAAACCCAUUUUUAUUCAUUUUGUUCAGUGAAACACUAUUGCAUUCAAAUAAUUACAGAGUUACCUGCCAAUUACUGAUUAUUAACUUGACGAGCCUUUCUGUUUUUACCUCAAAAGCUCAAAAGACAAUAGCGAGUUGUAAAAAUUAAUACUAUUGCAAUAAUAAAAUAUAUGUAUAUAUUUGAAACAUACUGAUAUCUUACCACAGUGGGUUUUGACGUACAAAAGGGGGGAGAGAGAAAGAAAACAAAUAUAAGUAAUCUCUAGCUGAAGUAAGAGUUUAUUAACUUGAAACAUUUCAAAACCAUACUGAGAUUUCGGGAGAAAAAUUUGACAAUAAACUCUAAAAGGGGACUAAAUUUCUCUAAAUACUCUUUGGCCAUAUCCUUUUUGUUUACUUGUUUGGGGCAGGCAUACCCAGAUGCUCUGCCACUAUGGCCCUAUCCCAUAAUAAGCAGCAGGUCCCAGGAGUUUGGAGGCCAAGGGUUGAAGGGCUAUUGGGCAAUAAAUAGGAAAGGGAAAUAUAGGUAAACAUAUCUUCUUGAUUGGGUGAUUGCAUUUAUAUCCCACCAAUUUUUCUCCAAGGAGAUCAAGUUGGUUCUCCCCCUCCUCAUUUAAUCCUCACAACCCUGAGAGGUUCCAGGAUUGAUCCCCAACAUCUUCAGAAAAAGACUCUUGCUUGAAACCCUGAAAAGCAGCUGCUGGCCAGUGUAGACAAUAUUGAACCUGAUGGGCCAGUGGGCUGGUUCAGUAUAUGGCGGUUUCCUAAAUGAAGCAGAGAGGCAGGGACUGGCCCAAGGUCACCCAGUGAGUUUCACGGCUGAGUGGGGAAUCAAACCCUGUUCUCCCAGGUCCUAGUCUGACACUCUAACCACUACACCACACUGGCUCUUCCAUGCUAUGUGGGGUUGUUGUUAGGCUGUGGAUUAGCUCCUCUCUAAUAGCUACUGCUCUAAUGAACAGCCAGGUAGUCAUUCGGCUGGACAGGGGUGUGUGCAUGUGACACUAGGUAGGUCAAUGAAAUGUCGCCUAUUAGAACAGCAACGUAAAAUGGAAGAAGUGCUACUGAACAACACAGGACUUGACUUCUAUUUGCAGUAGAUUGUAUUGGAUUGCACUGUUAGGCAAUGAAGGAAGCCCAAUGAUGUGCAAUGGGGCGUACUCCCAAGUAAAUGGAUCUAGGAUUGCAGCCUUUUUGACUCAUAAAAAAUGACCCAGUUAAGCGGGUAGCAGUUAAUUUAAAAAAUGAACUAUAAAUUCAAUACAAUUGCACUUGGGAUGGCAGAUGCCUUUGUUGGACUCUGACACACAAGACAGAAUUUCUCUUGCAAUUUUUUGUUUUGUUUUGGUAUUAUAUUUGGUUCCCCGUUUUCCUCCAAGGAGCUCAGUGUGGCUCUUCUUCCCUCGUAAUUUCAUCCUGUGUGACACUGGGUGUGACUCACCCAAUGAACCUCAUAGCCUAGUGGGGAACUGAACCUAGGUCUUAGCCCAACACUGUAACCACUAUGCCACACAGCCUCUGAUGAUUAAUUUGCACGUGUCAUCUUAUGUUUCCCCACUUCAGAAUGAUUGUUUUUAUUCCUUUGUGAAGGCUUGCCAUUUAAACCAAUUAAUUCAUCGAUGAAUCAAUUAAAAAUCAUCUGAUGAAUGACUAAUGUUUCUUUCGUCAUGCGGCAGCCUUAUUUUCUCAUGCUUAGUGUCUAAAAAAAACCCCCACUGAAUCUUGUGGCACCGGAAAAAUGAAUGGCAUGAGCUUUUCUUAAGUAUGCUACCACCUUGUCCCGCUCUGAAAUCUGUGUGAAUAUAGAUUUGAGUUAGAAGAGCAACACACCCACCCACCCUUUAAAAGCUCCAUACAAUACAAUGUAUUUAAAGUACAUUUAUACUGGGAACUGUAGUUUACCACUCACAAUCCUCCUGAGCACCCUUAAAUGACAUUUCAUUUCAUGUGCUUUAAAGCUGUAUGCUUUUGAAUGUGGACGUGAUGGGUUAGAGCGGUUCUCAACCUGUGGGUCCCCAGAUGUUGUUGGACUACAACUUCCAUCACCCCUGAGCUCUGGCCUUGCUAGUUAGGGGUGAUGGGAGUUGUAGUUCAACAACAUCCGGGGACCCAUAGGUUGAGAAAGGCUGGAGUAGGAGACUCCAAUUUCCCUUAUAGAGCUUGCUUUGUUUAUUGAAUAUAUUUCUUCCCCAAGUUUGGAAUCAGACUUCUCUAUGACGAAUUGGUUGUUAAACCACUCUGGAAAUUGUAGCUCUGUGUGGGGAAUAGUGGGUCUUUUAACAACUAUCAAUGCCCUUAACAAACUACAGUUCCUAGGCUUUUUUGGUGGGGGAAGAGGGAGCCAUGACUGUUAAAGUGGUAUAAAUGUGCUGUAAACGUAUGAAUUGUAGAGUUGGAUGGGACCAUUAGGGUCAUCUAGUCCAACCUGCCGCAGUGCAAGAAGCUUUUGCCCAACAGGUGUCAAUGAGACCUCACCCUUCUCCAGAAUGGAGAUUAAAUGGCAGGAAAAAUCCCACCUAUUAAAUAGGGGCCAGACUAACACGCAGGUGAUAAAUACACAGGAAAGCAAUGCAGGCACAGAGGAAGACUAUUGGCACUUCUAGUAAGGGUAGGCUGUAGCGUCUCAAGGGGGUGGGGAUGGGGAAAAUAUAUUUUUUACAUACUCAGAGAUAAUUUCCCCCCAUUAUUAUUUUGCAUAGUCAGCCAGGAUCAAUCUUUGGUAUAAAAAAAGAUAUCAGGAACAGCAUAAAAGUAACCUCCACACCAUACAUCAAAGCAUUUUGAUAACACAUCAACGAUCAUGUCACCCCCCCAAAAAAAAAGAAGCCUGGGAACUGUAGUUUGUCGCGGAACUACAAUUCCCAGCACCCUCUACUAAACUACUGUUCCCCAGGAUUAUUGGCAGGAAGCCGUGACUUUUAGCUUCGGUUCCAGGCAAGAGUGCAGCCCCCGCUUAACCGGGAGAUGUCGGGAUUUGAAUCGGGGACCUUCUCGGGAAGCCCUGCCACUGAACGACAGCCGUUCCCUUAUCUGUCCAGAGCAUAGCUGUCAACUUUUCCCUUUUCUUGCGAGGAAUCCUAUUCGGAAUAAGGGAAUUUCCCUUUAAAAAAGGGAAACGUUGACAGCUAUGGUCCAGAGCUUAGUUGCUUGCGGCUCGCUUGCUUUCAAGAAACAUUUAAGUCCCUUAAAAAAACAAAAAUCCCAGAAAGCGCUGCUUCAAUCAAGGGUUGGACUCCAAGUCCCAUCAGCCUCCCGCCAGCGCGGCCGCUACUCGGGGCUGAUGGGAGUUGUAGUCCAACGAGCAUCUGGGGGGCAUUAAAGCUGGCUUCUAAGCCAUCCCUUCUUCCCAUUCCGCCCGCCCCACUCGCUCUUAUUAGUUUGGUUCGCGUCGCGCGCCGUCCCCGGCAGUCGCUGCCAGUCACUAGGAAGGGAAGAGGAGGCGGGGGCAGCAGCCGUGUCAGAAAGCAGCGACAGCGCCGCCUUUCCCCCUCCCUCCCUCCCUCCUGGGUUUUCUUUACCUCGUCCCCGCCCCCUCCUUUUCCUUUCCGCCCGCCCGCCCGGCUUCCGCCAAUCAGCGCCCGCCCGCGUCGGUUUCUGUCGGACAGGGCGGGGCCGGGGAGGAGAGGAAGGGAAAGGAGGAAAAGGGGGAGAGGGAAAAAAAAAAGUUUAUUGAAGACUCGGAGGAGCCAAGCGGCGGCUGGAACUCUGCGGCGCGAGGACCCUCGCGAGCCCCCCUCCCCUCCCGCGGAGUCAGGUGAGAGAGCGAGAGCGCGUGCGCGUGCGCGGGCCCGUGGGCUAGUGGCUGUCUUUUCUCCUCACUCCCCCCCUCCGUGUGGGGGGCGGGUCGGGGGAAAGAGUGGGUCCCCCCCUUUUUCUCUCUCUCCUCCCUACCCCACAUACAUGGGGUGGGGCUCUUCUCUCUGCCCCCCAUUCCCACCCCAAAUUACCCCCCCCCACAUAUUUACUUAAGCUGCCCCACUUUCCCUGGGGGCGAAUUCAGUGGGGCUUACUCCCGAGGAGGCUUAGUUAGGGUCGUGUAGGGGAGGGAGGGGGGUCUCUUCACAUUACUCUUCUCACUGCCUCUCCCCCCCCCCACCCCGUUCCCCACUUACAUAACCUGGGAGAGGGGCGAGGAAAAGGGGGAGAAAUGAUAUGGGAGACCCCCCUCUUUUUGCCAAAGCCCCACAUUAGGAAAGAGUUGGGGCGAGCUCUCCCCCCCCCCCACAAAGAUAAAGGCUCUUUGGGCCCAGCUUGAAGGAAGGAAAGGGGAAUUCUAUGGGGAUGUAACAGGCUCUAGGGAGGGGGUGUACGUGUUCCUUCCCCCCACCAGGGGACCUUACUUUUUUGGGGGGGAUAGGGGUCUUAGGCAGCCCCUCUUCGCUUUACGUCCCCCAGAAGGAGGGUUAGAGGAAUAUGUGGGGAAGGUGAAAUGUUGUGGGGGGGGGUUAACCCCAUUCAGAGGACUUUGACCUAUGGAGGGCACAGGGCUUUAAAAUUGCUUGUUUAUUUGUCCCCUUCACACACAGGAAAGGAGGGUGAAAGAAUGACAAGGGAAGCUUUUGCUUAAAUACUUUUAGUUCCCUUCAGAGCACUUUACACUGGAGGAAGAGGGGGGGUUGGGGAAUGCUUCCUCUUCUUACCCCCCCCCCCAGGGUAAAGUCUCCAAGUGGUAGACUUCAGGGAAGAUAAGAGGGAAGGGGUAUUGGGAGAGGGGAAAGAUCUUAGGGGUGCCUUCUUUUUCUUCUUUGACACCCCCCCCCCAAAGCUGAAGGAAGGGUUAGGGGUUAUAUGGACAGCUGCCACUUAAAAACUGAAAGGUUUUUGGCUGGGUAAGAGGAAAAGGGAAGACCAAGAACCUUCUCUCUCUCUCUCUCUCAAAUAGGGAUUGACCCCAAUUCACACACUCAUGUGGUAAUUGAGAGGCAGGGGGUUCACUGGGAAACCUCCGCUUAAAGGCAAGGGUGGUUAUCAGAAAGACCACAGGACAAUUUCUGGUGGGCCCCUUAUAUGUUAUUUUAACUUGCCUGUUAGUUGCUGCAGUUCCUUACUAAGGAGUCCAGGCUAGAUGGGCCUUGAUAUCAUCUGGCAAAACUCUUUCUAGCCUCUUAAAAUGGAGAGUGCAGACUUGGGACAACUGGUUAGUUGUACCUUAACCCUUCAAAGAUCCUGAAAGUGCACUCGUAUUCAACUUAGAACACAUCAUGGAAAGGUAGGGUUUCUAGUUAAAAAAAAAAGUAUUCUAUGAAAAGCUAAAGUCAACUUAACCUAUAUGUAGGGGAAUGUUUACCCCUUCCUCAUUUUCAGAAGCUUGUACCCCUGUGAUAGAUUAAGAGAAACAGCAGCACGGGCAUGAAGAAACAUCUUCCUUUGCCUUCUAGGUUAUAUUAAAUAUCUAGUAAGGAAGAAAAUGGAAUCCUCAUUGUAUCAGGGAGGGUAAUUCCCUGUUUAUUAUUUGUGCCUGUGUUCAGAGAUCUCAGCUGCUGGAGUGUUUUACAAAAAAACAAAAGCUUCACAACAGCCCUGUGAGGGCAUUUAGGCUGUCAGAGAGAAUGACUGCUUCAACGUCUGUCAGUGAGCUUCAAGUGCGGGAAUUAGAUUCCGAGUUCAGUCCUUAUGCAAACCUUAAGGAAAUAGAACAAGGUUCUUCUAUAGCAGGCUUCCUCAACCUUGGCCCUCCAGAUGUUUUUGGCCUACAACUCCCAUGAUCCCUAGCUAGCAGGACCAGUGGUCAGGGAUGCUGGGAAUUGUAGUCUCAAAACAUCUGGAGGGCCGAGGUUGAGGAAGCCUGCUCUAUAGCCUGUGGUCUUCCUUAUGCUGUUGAACUACAACUCCCAUCAGCCCCAGCCAGCAUGAUCAAUGACCAGGGCUAAUGGGAAUUGUGCAGCAACAUCUCAAGAACCACAGGUUCCCCAUCCAUGUACUAUAUAGGAUACAUUCACUCCUUGAAGUUCUCUGACACUUGUUCCAUCAUGGGGCCUUCAGUCAUCCUAAAACCACUAUGGGGAACCUUUGGCAUUUUGGCCCUCCAGAUGUUGCUGAACUACAAUUCCCAUCAGUCCCUGCUAGCAAGACCAAUGGCCAGGGAUGAUGGGAAUUGUAGUUAAGCAGCAUCUGGAGGGCGGAAGGUUCACCAUGCCUGCCCCAAGGAACUGAGGAAGAAGACAUUAGGAUGGGGAAUGAAAUGUGAUGUGAUGUUACACUCUUCAGUAGCUUCUGAGCAGGCAGAGAGUUCUGCUCGACAUUUGGGACAGGCAGAAACAAACAAAAACUGUUGGAAGAAAGGGUGCUAGGUAAUUGGUAUCUUCUUGGAAAUGGGUUGGGGACAAAUUGUCCUUUCUUAGGCCUGCCUACUGGAUGUAAAGAGGAAUCUUACAAAACGGGUGGACUAGAUUCAUGGGAGGACAAGUAUUUUUGUGUGUGUGUUGUGUUGUGUGUGUGUGUGGCAGUGGUGGUUAUCAGCACACCAAGGGACCUAUUAGAGCCCUGGAAGGAAGUAGCAAAGGAAUACAGAGACCUUAUCAUGGGAUGUGGGAGGCUUGGUAGAGUUUUAGGAGAAACAGGAAAUAGCAGCUCCUGCCUCCAGCAGGUUCUGGAAGGCAGGGGCAUUCCCCAAUGGGGAAGAGUUGGUAUGUGAUUUGGGAAGAGGGGAGGUGAUGUGGGCUGAUGUGCAGCCUCACUGCCCCCAACAUGUAAACAUGCUGAGGGAUGUGAGUUUAACCUCAAGCAGCUGUUGUUUUUGUCCCCAGCUGCCUUGCCCUGUGGAGUAUGAGUCAAUCAGGUGACGGGAUAUCCAGGAAAUAAAUAGACCAGUUAGAAGUGCCUGUGGUUUGGGGUGCUUUGGUUAGAGCUGUGGGGCUCUGAGCUGGCCUGGGGGGCACACAGACAUUUGUCAAAGAGACCACCUGUAGGGUUUGUUUGCGGUCACUGUUCAUUGUAUUUACUUCUGGGCUGAUUUUUCUUCUGUUAACCUGCACAUUUGAUCUCAAGAGAAUUAGAUUCUAGGUAAGUCUGCUUUGAAUUGUAUAGCCUUCCUUAAUGCCUUUCAUGAGGUGUAUCAUGUUUUGCAUUAUAUGUUUAAUCUUGUUAGAACUGGGAGCUUUGUCUUUGGCUACAAAUUCCCUUUUUUGUCCAGGUGGUGAUUAAACUCAUGGCAAUGCUGGACAAUGUGAUUUAAUUUUAUUAAUGUUUAGCCUAUUACAGGAAAGAUCAGAAUACAAGCUCUUGGGCAGAAGAAGGUCAAAAGUGAUUUAACUUGCCGGGAGCUGUCGACUGGGACAUUUUUUUAAAGUGAAUUUCUCCAGGUUACUGUUCCCUGUUGUCUUAGACCUAAAUAUGGCAAUGAAUUGACACCCCCCCCCUUGCAAAGUCUAUCCAAUGAGAACACAUUUGUGUCUACUUUUCCAGACAGCUGCAGUUUAUUUCAAGCAGUAAAGUUCUUCAUUUUUGCCAUUUUUGCACUGUUAGCACUACCACUUUUGUUGUGGGAUGCAUGCUUAUCCUGUUCCUUCUGCUUUGCCUUCAGGCUGAGAGGAAAAAUAGUGACUUGUAUAGUAUUAGUCUUUUGUACUGCAUUGGGGUUAGAGUGGAUGGAGAAUUGUGCCUCCAGCCAGCUGUUUCUGCCCAGGAGGGCAAAAGAGUACACUGCUCACUUUUUUUCACAUUGGUUGGUGUGCACAUUGCACUAAGCUACCCUAUGGCUUAGCAUGAGUGUGUGAGCUCCCAAAGAGGAUACUAUGUCUGCUUAGCUGGAUCUCUUUUGGUCCUGCUGAUGCUGUACUGCUGGGAGCUAAGCCAUGGUUUGGCAUAGUACCUCCGAAACCAUGAUUUCCCUCUUCCAGAGUUCAUGGUUAGGGUUCAUGGUUUGCCUGGGGGGCUAGGACUGGGCCCCUUGCAGGGUUGUGGGCACCUACAAUCGCAAGCCUGAUGUUGACCUCGUUUCCACCUUCACAAGAACUCAGUCAUAAUUGGGUUUGUGUGUUUUUUCACUCUUGUUUUGAGUGCUGCUUGUGAACGUGUGCCAUAGAUUUGUGCCUUGAAUUUGGACCUGGAGAACCUUUUAGCUGUUCUUAAUGAUCUUCUGACACGUGCGUACCGUGUGCUGUUUAUUGUUUCGUUGAGAAAAGAACGGGUGGCUGGCAACCGUAUCCAAAGUUUACAAGUGUGCCAUGCACAGCUUUUUAAAAAAAUAAAUAAAUCUGUGCCUGGACUUGUUUCUGUCUGCAACCUUGCCCACGAGGUAUGAGAGCAGAGAAGACACCCAGAGCCGAGGGUGAUUUGCUUCCUGUAAAGAAUCAUUGUGGUACUGUGCCGUUGCUGACUCCCAUUUAAUGUUAGUAGGUGACUCCUGUGGUUUAAGGCUGGUACAUAAUCAGACUUCGUAACUUUUACUCGGAAGCCUUAAGCAGAACAGUAAAACUCCUUGUGUAAUCCCUAUAAGAAACUGCAUUUAAAUAACUUCGUUCCUUUCUUGAACUGUAGAUGCUUAUUGAACCUUAGGUACUUUUAAAAAAUGUGCUUUAUUUUUAGGCCUUAUAAUUUAUUCCUCACUGUCUUUUGGCUUUCAACUCAUUGAUGGCUUUUAUUGCUGCUCUUUGAAUUUUCUCUCGUUUGACAAUGUUUUUCGGUUGUGGAGACACCCAGAAAUGUAAAAAUGCUUCUAGGAUACAAAAUAUCAGCCAUAAAGGUGGGGGAAUAUCUUUCUGCCUCAUAGUGACUGUUAAGAAUGCUUUGUUUGUACAUAUCUCAUGUAAUGUUCAUCCCUCACUUGCAAGGAAUUGAUCAUUCAUUAUGGCAGCCCCUGGAACUCCCUACCUAUUGAUAUCAGGCAGGCAAUUUUGCUGUAUUGUGUUUGGCACCUGCUAAAAAGAUAUGUUUCAACAAGCCUGCACUGGCAUGUAUUCCCGCCCCCCUUAUAAUAGUUUGUAAAUUGCUGGUUUUGUUUAGUUUUUGAUACAAUUUCGUGUCAAUUUGUUUCUAAUGUUUGCUUUCAUUGGUGUUUUAAGGAAUAUUUUAGAUUGCCCUUUGUAAACCAUUUAGAGACUUUCUUUUUGAGUAAAUGUAUAAAUUUUGUUAAAUGCAAAAGUUCUAAGUCUAGAGAGCUUGGUGCUUAUCCCCUUGAAAGUUUUGCUUAGGGUAGCAGCCUUGAAACAAAAAUGGAGAAUUUUGACACUUUACAAAAUACCUGGUUUAUUUACAUUUACAGCUUUACUUUAUUUCUGAUAAAUAUUUUGAUAUGUCGUUCAGCCAUGCUCCCGAGACUGUAGUGUCAGAAGUUUUUCUAGAAUAAGUGAUUUGGGUUUCUUGCUGCCUCAACUCAGUGGCUUAUCUCUGUCCAAAAGAUGUUCUCUCGGUCCUCUGUUGCUACUCCCUCCUUUCCUUCCAAAGAACUAUUAUUUCUCAACUGUUUGCUUCACCAUUUGAUUGCAGUAGAAACAAAUCUUUCGCAGAUCCCACAGACGUGAAUUUCAACCUUAACAUCUUCACUAAUUCCUUUCAUUACGUCUUCCUAAAAUUUUUAGUAUGCAAGUUGCCACAAAACGUCAAGUGCUAUGUCUUUGAAAAUAGACAACACUUUGUAUUAAGGCCACUUGCAGUACAGUAUAACUUUUGGGUCUCUUCCCCGCCCCCGCCCCCUUUAAUUGAGUGACUUCUUGUAUGAAAAGGGGCCAGGGUGGUGGUGAAAGCAUGUUGUUAGAAGCUGUUUUUACUUGGAUGGUGCCUUGACCUGGAUGGUGUUAUUAGAUCAGGGGUGGGGAAUGUUUUUCAGCCUGAGGGUGGCAUUCCCUCAUGAUCAACAUUCUGGGAGCUGCAUACCGAAUGCUGAGCAGGUCAGGGACAAAAGUGGUUGGAGCAAUGAAUUAUUAUUAUUUUAUUAUUACAUUUACACCCCACUUUGCCUCCUCCAAGGAGCUCAAGGUGGUGCCUACAGUUCCUCCCUUUCCCAUGUUUUCCUCACUACAACCCUGUGAGGUAGGUUAGGCUGAGAGAUGGUGACUAGCACAAGGUUGCCCAGCGAGGUUUGUGGCUGAAUGGGGAUUUGAACCCUGGUCUCCCAGUUCGUAGUCCAAUGCUCGGACCAUUACUCCACAAUGGGUGUGACCAUUACCCUUGUGCAGUAGGCUAUAUUCCAUCUGCGCAGAAGUCAGAGGUUUAUGUAUGUACCCACUUAUCUUCACAGCCCAUCCAAACAAGAAGGUUAGUUCUCACAGUCCGAGGACACAGCCCGCCAGACAAAAGCAGUUGAGCAGAUCCAGUCCAUCAGGGGCAUGGCCCAAAGAGUGUCCUGGGGGCUAGAUUGAGAGGCUGGAAUCUGAGGUCCCUCAGCGCUGUAUUAGAUCUUGCUCACAGAAUUGUCCGCGAACAAGGUGGAUUAUAUGUUGCAUCAUAUCCAUUCAUAUUGAUAACUGAAAAAGUCAUCCCGUUUGAAAUGUACCUUAAAUGAAAUCUUGGGCCCCAUCUGCACUAUACAUAGAAAGCUGUAUCAUAGUGCUUUAAAUGGCCACGACUUCCCCUAAAGAAUGCUGGGAACUGUAGCUCAUUAUGUGUGCUGAGAGUUGUUAGGAGGGCCCUAUUUCCCUUACAGAGCUACAGUUCCCUGAUUAGUUUAGCAUUCAUUCCAUCUUCACAGGGAAUUUUGGGCAGUGUUACUUUAAAGGAAUAGUGGAGGAGGGGUCUCCUAUCAACUCUCAGCACCCGUAAACUAGGUUUCUGUGGAAGAAACCAUGACUGUUUAAAGUGAUAUGAUACUGCUUUGAAUGUAUAGUGCAGGUGGGGCUUAGCUGUUUUUAAAACACAUUAUUCCACUUAAAGAGAUUCGAAAGAGGGUAUGGCUAGUUAUCAGCAGGACAGUAGUAUUAUGGAUUUAAACCAAAGAACUGAAGAAUUCUUAAUUUCUCUGGCUGCUAAAGCAAUUGCCCAGUUGAUUAAGCAACAGUUAAAACUGUUGGAGGCAAAGUAUUUUUUAUUAAGAAAAAGCUUAAUUACAGGGCAGUGUUUAAUAAUAAUAAUAAUAAUAAUAAUAAUAAUAAUAAUAAUAAUAAUAAAUUUAUUAUUUAUACCCCACCCAUCUGGCUGGGUUUUCCCAAUGUGGAAUGAAACUCCUAAGUUAUCUGAUAAUGAUAGAUAUGAAUACCUUUUUAAAAGUUAUUUUAUUGUUUCUGUUCCAUUGAAUUUAGGUCAGAGAAUGAAGCAUCUAUGAUUUUUUGCUUUUUAUUUUUUAUUAAUCUAUUAAUUGCUUUUUACAUUUGUAUUUAAUAAAUACAGGGGGGUUUUUUCAGUUACCAACGAAACCCCAACUAAAUGCAAGUUUAAGAAGCCCAAAGUGAAGAUACACACCCAGCUUGUUGAUACAAAAAUGCCUUCCUUUGUUUCUGUAAAGUACAGCUAGUGGGCACUUGUCUUAUCUCAUUCUGGAUGUUAUUCCACAAAACAGGAGCAGCCACACUGAAAGCCCUGCUCUGAAUUACAGUGGUGGAGCAGACUUCUGAUAUUUGAGGGACUUUAAGAAGAAAUACUCUUGCAGAGCACAGUGACCUGCUGGAAAAGGGCAGUCUCUCAAGCUGCAGGCCUCCUUGACUCAAGCUAUCAAACCUAGACCCCAGGUAGUCAACACAAGAGAUUUGUGAUUGUAUUCCUGCCUCUUAAAAAUAGUAGCUGUAGGGCACUUGGUCCAAACACAUAGUAGCUUUUUUUUUUUGUUGAGAGUCGGGGAUCUUUUAUCAAGAAAGUGGCAGGAAGGGAAGCUUAAACUCCUCCCUCCACACCGUGGUACAAAAAACCCAGACAAAUCAGAAGUGCAGUCAUGCAUUUUCUUGUCACUUCUAGUGUUGUUACGUGCCCCAUAUACCCUCCAGUUUGUUUCUUAAAGUCUUUUCCUAAUGGUAUAUUCAACAAACGUAAAUGCAUUGCUUUUGAAUCCCUUGGCAGGUGUCUAGCUCUAGACAUCUAGAAAAUGCUGCUUAAAAAUUGGACUCUAUAUUCCAUGCCAAAGUGGAGACAUAGAUCUCCAAAACUUCUCUUUUCAUUGUAGUGGUCAGAGACCUGUACCUCUCCUUGAACCUUGAACACUGAUUUAUAUGCCUGGUGUACAACAGGGUAUAUUAUGUCACCUGUCAAAGAUCACAAGGGUCAAGGGUCAUCCAAAAUGUUUUGAAUUCUUCAAAUAUUGCAUGUGAAAGGUAUUGAUGAACAGCCCCUUUUGUAACUUCCUGGUUCAGGGAAACUCUUAAUGCAUAAGGAAAUGUUGGUUAAAGAUGUAAUUGAAGGCACCUUAAGAGAUGAAAAUGUGGAGGUAAUAUUUAGAUCUGCCAUUGUUGUAUUUGGCUUGUGAGCCUCAGGAAAAGUCCUUGGCAUCCUUAUGUCUCAAGAGACAAUGGUGUGUGUGUGUGUGGGUGUGUGUGUGUGGGUGUGUGUGUGUGUGAAGUCAAACCAAGCCAAGCCAAACCAAGCCGCUGUGUUAGCAGCAUGGAAGUGACCUCCCUGGAAGUGUGGGCAUCAUAUAUGGAAGUCCUGGGCUGCCCAGACAACAAGACCUCUCUUUUAGCCUCGCUGAUGUGAUCCAAAGGAAAGCAGAACAAUUUUUUUUGAACCAGCUUGGCUGGAAUAGUAGUGAUCCAAAUUCUUCAGACUUGUGACUUCUAAUAGUGAUAAACAAAUGCCAUCUCAUCUGAUACUUCAUUUGUUGGGUCUUUGACCUGUUGGAAUAAUUCAGUCCCUAUUCUGAAGAAUGGAUAGGAUGUGGGUUAUCUGAAAGAGUGUCUUAACCUCUGGAAUGCGAAACCUUAAUCCUAUUAAGGUAGAAACUUCAUCAGCACAGAAGAUGAAGAUGAGGAUCAAGUUUGAACGUACCUGUAGAAAUCCAGCUCGGCCAACAGGACAGUGCAAUUCUGUGGAUCAGAAUAAGAUCUGAACUGCAGCUGGAUUUUUCUGCAUCCCGUAUAGCCAGUCCUAGCCUAUAUGCAGCUGUUAAGGUGUGGGUAUGGGAUGUGACAUUUUUGUUGCUCCCACCAUCUCUACCCAUUGGCCAUGCUUCCUAAGGCUGAUGGGAGUGGGAGUCCCAACAAUAGCUGAGAGUCGCAGGUCUCCCCUCUCCCCUCACUUAAGGCUACGGAUUGAUAAUGUCAUUUAUCUGAGCUUGGUUAUAAAUAAUGUGUCCUCCUGGCUUAUGCAUAUAAAUAUUUUUAUCCUGCUCUUGUUAUCAUUAAUUCCUAGGGUGGCAAAAACAGUGUAAAGCUCCCUUCAUGGAUUUGUCAUUUCUGGUUAUUCUGAUGCAGGUUCACUGUGCAUGUGGGAUUCUGAAAUAUGAAGCAAAACUUGCUAGGUAGGGCACCUGGGGUUGCCAAGGGAGAGGCCAACCAUUCUCUGCCAUCACCCUCAAGCCCAGUUUCUGUUUUGGCUUGGCUGGGCCACAGUGCAGUGUGCCAAGAAACUUUGUGCCUGUUGGGUUAAUUUCAGAGCUCAGAAGUAAUGGAGCAGCUUGCUGGGAUUCCUACCCCCACCCCACCGGCCACUAUUGUUCAUGUUUGUGUGAGGAUCUGCUGCCUAGUCUGAAGCUUGUCUUGUUGUGCACUUUGGUUGUUGAUUACUUAAAAUAGAAGGGACCUACAUCUGAAGACUCAGUCUGGCACCCUGCACAGCUCAUGAUUCUCCCCGCUCCCCACCUCGCCACACACAGCUGCUUUCCUUCCAUGUCCAAGGCAUCUGUGGACCUUGCCACAGGACCCUGUGGUCAGGCGCUCUCCCUCUGCUGCUAAAUUACGGGCUGAAGAUGAGAGCAUGCGCUGCCAACUUUGUUCAGCCUUGCCUUAGGUGCCCCCAGAAAGGCAUAUUUGUUCCUGCUUCGGGAAAGUUUUGGCUUCCACACAGUUGUCAAAUGAGAGAGCAGAGCUACACUUUCCCCCUCUUCUUUGACUGGCAAUGUCAGCAGCAGUAGCAGAGAAUAGAUUUAUUUUUCUCUUUUGGUUUUCCCAAAGCGCUUUCCACAGAUCAUGGGGUUGCAGGCUCACCGCUCACUUCAUUUCGUUUGUGCAUUUUAGUUUCACUUAGUGGUUGUAUAAGAAUUCCUGAAAGCUUUUGAGAGGCUAUGAGCUUAACGCCACACAAACUUUGCCUAAAAUCCUAAGACGUUGAGGAAGCUGCUCUAUGCUGAGUCAGAUGGUUGGUCGUUCUGUUUCAGCAUUGUCUGCAUUCGCAGUUCCCAAACCAUUUUUUCCCAUGGACCACUUGAAAAUUGCUGAGGGUCUUGGCAGACCGCAUAAUGAUUUUUCUGCUUGUUUUAGCAAUAGUAAUGCAGUACACGGUGCUAGGUGCUGUAUGCUUUUUAAUUGCAUUUUAAUUGCAGUUUUUCUUUCUUAUAUACUGCAUUGUGUUCAAAUGGUGAUACCACGAAAUAACGUUUACAAAAUAAAAGAAGCAACAGAAUGCAGUUAAAAAUAAAUAUGAUUAUUUAAUGGGAUGGAGGUGCUUCCUCUCAUUUUCAGCCACAGAAAUGCCACAGACCACCUGAGUAAACUUCAUGGGCCACUGGUGUGGAGCACAGUUGGGAACCCCAGAUCUACGUGGUCUGGCAAUGGGUCUCCAGGAUUUCCGACACGGGUGUUCCCAUCCUUACCUGAAAAUUGAAUUUGGGACCCUCUUUUAAUAUGUAAAACAUGUGCUAUAGAGCCUCAUUGAGCUAUGGGCCCCACAAGGAUAAUUCAGGGCUGAAGUGUUUUUGUUUUUUUGUUUUUUUUGCUUUGUGAGUUGAGAUAAAAUGACUUUUAUGUUCUUGCUGGUCUCUGAGACUGGGCAGAAGACCAGAUAGCCAAUAAAAAAUAGAAAUCCAGUCUGUGCAUUGUGUGGUCCUCGUGUGUAUACUUCAUCUGAUCAUUAUAAUGAUAGGGAGCAGCUGUAAACUGGCUUGGAAUCUAAUUCCCACCUCCCUAAUUCAGGGCCCUCUCUAUCUUCAGAUUGCACCACAAGACCAGUUAAUCUUUGCAAUAGCCUAAAAUUACAGCAUGAUUGGAUAGCUUCCUCUCCCCCCCCCUCCACAAUCCUCUUGACCCUGUGCUUUAUGCCAGUUGUGCGUCCAUAUGUUGCAGUUCGUUUGCAGGGAUGAGGCAGCUACAUUUCUAGUGCCAUGUCUUCAGGAAAGGACUUCACGGAGCCAAUCUCAUUUUGGAGUAUAAAUGUAUAUCCUGCCCUUCCUUCCAAAGGAGCCCACUUUGCAUUUUAUUAUAUUGAUUUAUUUGAAGCAUUUCUAUACUUCCCAUCAAGUUACCCAGACGACCAGUCACUUCAAAAUAAACAAGCUUUAAAUUGGCAGUAUAUGAAACACAGCAUGCAUUUCUGCAGUUCUUUUUAUACAGAGCACCAGUUUAAGGUGCUUAUAAGUCGAAGUUAGCCCUGCGCUAUGCCCAGGUUAUCAUUUACUUAAUUUGGGUUGGAAUAGGCCACUGGGCUUUCAAAGAGGAGAGAGAAGUAUUUUGAUGGCAUCCAUCUGUCUGUCAUGACAAUGGAGUACAUCUCCAGGGGUGAAGUGUUAACAGCAUCAAAGCGACCUCCCCAGGGCAUAAGCCUGGGCAGUGUGUUUGGAGGUCCUGGGCUGCCCAGACAACAAGACCCCCCCCCUCUUGGCCUCACUGAUGUGGUCCAAAGGAAAGCAUUACAAGACAUUUAGCACCAGCUUGGCUGCAGGAGUUGCACAGAAGGAGGCGCACAAGGCACCAUCCAACUGUCUUAGGGGCUCCACUCUAGAUUUGUGUAAGGUUUACUCCUUAGCCUUUUCUUCUCCUGAAAACAUCCCACCAGAUAGCAGAGGUUUAGAGUUUUCCUUGUCCUAGGUGGGCUUCCUUCCCAGGUCGACGAGCCCCAUUUGCCCCUGCUACAGAGAGGUAUAUGUGUGCAGAAACGAGCCUACUGUACAAAGGUAAAGGUUACAUCCAUUGCUGUUCUUACUUUUACCCCUGGUUUACCCAGCACGGGCAUGUGGUCCCUGGGAGGUUGCCCAGAAGGGGAGGCAUCCCUAGGACUGAAAAAGGCCCCCCUCCCCUACUGUGUACAGCUGUAAAAACUACGCAGGGGGGUUCCUUGUAAUGUACCUCAGCUGCCUCAUCUCAUCCAUGAGCCAAGGCAAAUGGAAUUGAGCAGCUGCAGUUAAUAAGGGGAGGAUUCUGAAGAACAGCAGAGGCCCUAGCACAUUGGAGAAAGGAGGAAUAAAGAGUCUUAUGUCACUCACUGCUAUGAAUCAAGACAGCUGAAGUGCACCAUGGGGGCUACUGCUGCUUUUUCUUUAUUUAUAUUCCACCUUUCUCCAAGGAGCUCAAGGUGCCUUGCAUGGUUCCCCCAUUGUGAUCCUCACAACAGCUCUAUAAGGUAGGCUAGGCUGAGAGAGAGACUGCUCGCAGGUCACCCAGUGAGUUUUUAUGGCUAGGAUUUUAACAGGGGUCUCCCCAGCCCUGAGACAAAACACUCUAACCACUGUACCAUGCUGCCUGUUAAUCAGGAUUUGCACUCUGGACUGCAUUGAGUUGGGACAGGCAACUGUGGGUAUCUGACUCUGAUACGUACGACUUGGCAGGGCAGCCAAUGUGAUGCCCUCCAGAUGUUCAGGGCUCCAACUCUCAUCAGCCACAGCCAGCAUGGUGAAAGGGUUUGCUGUCACUUCAGCCUCUGGAAGUCACAAAGGCCACAGUGUCUCUCUCCCUCCCUCCCUCCCCUCCCCAUCUAGCUGAACAUGGCAUACCAACCGCUGAAGACAGCUUAGAGGAAGUCCAAUGAUAUCACAACUGGUGCUUGAGCUUGCUUGUUUUCCUCUUUCCUCCCCACCCCAUUUUUCCUUUUGUGACAUGUCUUUUUCCCCUUUUAGAUUUGAAUCCUUGGCACAGGGAAUGUCCUGUCUUUUAUUGAUCUUUUCUGCUGAAGAGCUGGGCAAAAAUGCUUUAAGCGAAUAAAACAAAAUUGACCCUGUAACUUAAAAUAAGCAGGAACAGAUGCACUUACGGUGCUUUUUCACUUGGCAAAGUUUCACAUAACCUCUCUCUCUUUCUCUAAUAAUAGACUGACCUCAUUUUUCACACCACUGUUUUGUAAGGCUUCUUCACGUUCCUUGCUUAAGUGUUGUGCUUCUUGAGUAAGUGUGUAAUUACUAUGUUCAGGUUCCCCAGUGAUGAUCGCGGUUUCAUUUGCGUAGUUUUCCUGCAAAGGCUGCCUGAUCUGUGUGUCUGUGCUGUUUUGGCACCCAGUUUCAUUGAAAGCUGCCCUUUGCCUCUCUACGAAAUCUGCGCAUUGUUCCUUUAAGAAACCAGCUUGCUCAGGGUGUCUUAACCUGCUUAACCUACCCUGCUAGCAAGGAAAAAGUUCUUUAAAUAAUGGAUAUUAGCUUUUACCAAUUAGGAUUAUAAGCUUCACAAACAGGGUGGAGUUUCCCCAGUUCAGCCAGUCACAUUUGGAGAAGGUGGGGCGUAAUGUUCAGGGUAGGUUGCACUGGAGCACAGCUUCAAGUGAAGUUAAUCUGGGGUGAAGCAAACAGAAAAUUGUGCAGAUCUUGUUGGUAGGUCUUCUUUUGUUGCUCUGAGAGUGUCUGUGUUUUUUCCACUUUGACUCCGAGACUGUUUGGUCAGCGUGCUUUCGGCUGAUUUUGCCAUUGUUCGUUUGUGGUGCUGGCAGGAUAUUAAAAUUUAUGCAGGGAAGCAGAACAAAAGGGGUCUUUGGACAGGAAAUCAGGUGUCGAGACACAAACUUGACUUGAGUUUAUUUUUUCACCAAUCUCCAAUUUAAACCACCUCCUUUAUACAGAAAAGUGAUUUUUCUGUGUAUGUGGCUAUUUCUACAGUGUUGUGGGCUGUUGGAUCUGUAUUUUAAUUUUUAUGUGGCACUGCAGCUCUUAAAUCUCCUUGGUCUGUGUUUAACCUCUUAAUUUCUUUUGAACUGAUGAUUAUUGUUAUUGCUCAGUUGGGGGGGAGAGAAUGACAUUUUUUCCUUAUAAAAUAGAAUCAACUGCUUUUAAAUGCUUUCUCCUUUUCACCUGCAUCUUCAAGAUCGUAUUUAUACAGAUAAAUAUAUUAUUUUGGUAUGUUUAUUUACAAGAGGAUGGAGGAGAAAUUUUCACAAAGGUCCCUGUGUAUUUUGGGGGGUUUGGGAUGGGUUCAAAGUUGACAUUCCUGAGUGUGUGCCUCUUUUUAAUGCUGAUUUCCCAGAAUGAGGCUUACCCAGGCUAUCAUCCUACCUUUUCAGUGUAAGAAUAGAAUUUCUCACAAGCAUUGGUCAAUAUGAGCCACACAUGAACCUCAGAAACACUGUUCUACAUAUUCAGAUUCUCUCUGUGUGUGGUGUGUAAUGUGUGCCUGUGCUUUGUUUUUGUUUUUCACCAGUUGGUUUUGACUUGAAGAGUGGGUGUUAAAUGUCUCUUCCUUGGCCUGACUGCAUGAUUAGUGCCCCAAAGACAACAGGAUAUUUGUGCUUCUGUAGUGUGACCAGUACAGAUUAGGCAAAUAUCAGACCUUUCGCCUGCCCUAAGCAGCAUAAAACUUUAAAAAAAAAAAAAUAACCCAAGAUGCCACUGUAUGACUUAAAACUGAAGGGAAAGCUGAAAUGGGCCAUUCCCACCUACUUGGAGCAGACAUUUUUGUAUUUAGGAUUAGCUGUUUGGAUGUUCCUUGGAAGUGCCUGUUGACUUCCAGAGUUUUGGAAGGGGCUUGUUGUUAUUGUAGCAAAGGGUCUUUUUGGCAGUCUGUUUGAGUCAAGUAGAGAGGGCUUUGGCUUGCUACACUCUAUCACUCCUCAAAAAGGCAUUCCUAUAAAGUUAGUAGCUGUCACCAUAAUCUUAGGGGCAUUCACAGGUGUGCACAAUAGUUAAACUGUGCAAAUCAACAAGUGUGUGCAUUCACACACCAACACUUGUUUUCUGAAGUGUCUCAGCCUCACUCACCUCACAGAGUGUUUGUUGUGGGGGAGGAAGGGAAAGGAGAAUGUUAGCUGCUUUGAGACUCCUUAGGAUAGUGAUGAAGCUGGAUAUCAAAUCCAAACUCCUCCUCCUCCUCCUCCUCCUCCUCCUCCUCUUCUUCUUCUUCUUCUUCUUCUUCUUCUUCUUCUUCUUCAUGCAUAGAGCCAACUUGUACCUGUGUUCAUUGUAAGCUGUGAAUGAGCCGAUUGAGUUAGACUAAACAUGCAACUGUUAGCCUUGAAACUCAGACUUUCCCCCUCUAUUCGCUUGGUGCUGCUGGAAUCUUUCUAUGCAUGGGGAGAGUUCAAGCUCAGACUACUUGUGGAAGCAAAAUAUGCUCUGAAAAAUAAACAUAUUAGGCUGCUGGCUUGGUUGGAGAGCAUCUCUCUGAGAUAGGGCCAGCCUUCCUGACCCUCUUCACACAGAGCUGGUAUUACUCCACCAUGCCAAUAUAGUCCCAGUAAUCCCAGAGGGAUGCGCUACAACACUGUUUGCCAGCCUGGUGCGCCCCAGAUACUUACACAGGGCUAUUUUAAUCUGUUUGCCAACCAUUAGUGGAGAAUGCAAGUGGUGGAAGAAAUUGCCCCCAAGGGACAUGCAGUUUGGGUUUGUCUCUGCAAGGGGGCUCCGGGGUGGGGGUGUUCUGUGGUGGGAUCCACACAAUUAAGGCCCUCUUGUUAAAAACAGAAAAUGAGAUGGUAAGCCUAGGUCUGGGCCAUACAAGAACAUAAGAAAAUCCUGGUUGGCUUAGGCAAAAGAUUUUGUGGUUGGAGGAGGCUUGCAUGACUGAAUGUUCAUCCCUCCAAAACUCCAGCUUCCUUCAAGGAGACCCAAAACAACUUUGUCCAGGAGAAGGAUUUGCUGAUUUUCUGUGUGCUGAGAAUUGUGUGCUGUCAAAUUUUCUUAAAUGGAGGAACAUUCAGUCAUAGGAGUCCCCACCCUGUGUCCCGUGCAGUCUGAUAUGGUGCAGCUCAGACCAACCCAUCUGCUUUCUUGGGAGAACUAGCUCUGGUUUUGUGUAGCUGUGGUAUGUAGUGUCAGAACUGGACUGGGCAGACCCAGGUUCGGAUUGCCACCAAAGAUGUAUGAUUUCUGGAAAUUGUGAAGCAGCGGAAAAACAACAACUUUUUUUUUAAGGGAGAUGAACAUUUUGUGGAAAACUGUUGCUUCUGUAUCUAACCUAAACUCUAUUUGACCACUUUAACAGCAUGUAUAUAAUUUAGUUGGCAAAUAAAAUUGUACUAUUUGGCAGUCAUGAAAACAGAGCAGACCUAGUCUGACUUGGAAAUAGUAUCCAUUCAGUUUGUUGGCGCUUACCUCCCAGGUUUGAACACAUAGGAUUACUGCCCAUAAAGUGUAACAGCAGCGCCUUCUGUUUCAACUUUCAAAAGCUGCUGAAAACUUUUCAUUCCUUCUGGCUUGUGCAAGCAAUUAAGAACACAUCCAUCCAUAACAGUUAGCUGAUUUUUAAAAAUAAAAAUAAUUAAUGUAUGGUUCUAUGUACAAUGGUUGUAAACCACUCUGGGGUUGGCUGGUUUUUUAAUAACUAGCUGUGCAGGCAUUCCUGUCCCCCCCUUACAUGCAUUUGACUAAUGUGUGACUGUAUAUACAUGUGGCGCCAGAAAAUAAAUUAAUGAAUAAAUAGAAUCACACCAGGAAAUGGUGGAAGAGAGCUGGAUAGUAAUCAGUGACUUGUGAGGAGACCCUUCCUGGAGCCCGAAGUCGAUGUUGGUGAGGGUGGAGGAAGUCCCAAAGAGACCAGAGGAGCAGCAGGGCUUAGUUUAGGCUGCUCAGCCUCCUCGCCUAGCAGCUGAUGCAUGCAGUAGCUAGCUCAGCAGAAGCCACUGUCCUGUUCAUCCUCCAGCCAGCCCCAGAACUUUGACUCUAGUUGAAGAGAGAGCUGGAGCGCAGGAAAAAAGGAGUGUUUGGAGACUUUUUAAGGAGUGCUUCCCAAUUUAUGCACUUGUGUGCAUGAGGGCCUGUAAUGUAACCCCCAGGUAAAGGGGGGGCUGUAUAUAGAUAACUUUAAUAAAUAAAUACAGUAAAACUCCAUUAGGCUGCAAUCUCACACUACAACCCUGCAAAGAGGAGAGGGUAAGAACUGUGUAUGCAUGCUUUCCCUGCAGGAAAGGCAGGAUAUAAAUGUAGUUUUAAAACUGUCACAUGGGAAAUCACUUACCAAACAAAUGGAGCUUUUCAAAAACAGUUUGUGAGAUGCCAUGCAUGAGGGGCUGCCAUUUAAAGGUGGGGGAAGAACAAUAGCUUGGGCAUAUCUUGAAAUUUAUCUUAGGCGCAUAUGUAAUAUACGUGUGGGUACUCUCUUAGAAUGGUUUGUUGAAGAGGGUGACAUCCAGAGCUGGAAAAACUGCAAGCAGCAAGUUGCUUAGGAGUUUGAAAUUUGUCUGGCAACUGUUUCUAGAUCUACUUAUUCACUGUGCGCCUGGGUUCCCUGUAGUGAAUUUGUACGUAAUUGUGAGACUCUUGUCUAUAGGACUUUAGAUGGUUGAUUUUAGGGAAAGGCGCUCUUUUAGAUACCUGAGUCCCAAGUCAUUUAGGAUUUUGUAUUUGUAAUGUGUUCUUUUCAUUGCAAGCAAAUAAAUAUUUUGGUGAUUAUUACAAGUAAAGACAUAACAGUCAUUAUGGAAACAAAAGUAACACUCCAGGUCUCUAGCUGCCCACAACACACUGAUAUCAAAACUGCAAGAGUUAACUAAAGAACAUUUUGUCAAAGAUUAUCUUGCCUUUCCAGCAGUUGUAUAUCUGCUUAUUAUUUUUCACUUUGAGCAAUAAAUAUGCACUAAAUCUUAAUGAAAUCAUCUGGGUUUUUUUUGUUUUUUUAUUCGUUUUUUAACAACAAUUUAUAAAACAUUAAACAUCCAGUUUUCACUUAAUCCCUUUCUUCCCAGAACUUCCCUCAGCUUGUCUGAUAAUUUUCCAUAUUCAUAUCUUCAUCAUACAUUUAUCUCUAUUAUAUUGCACUCUAACACCCUUAGUCAUGUCUUAUUUUUUAAAACAAUAUUUCUAACAUUAAUUUCACAGAGCUUCUUGAAAAGCAACAAAUAUUAAUUGUUCAUCGCAGACAUCUUUGAUAUACUCUGUAAAUUUCUUCCAGUCUUCGGAGAAUCUCUGGUCACGUUGGUUCCUAAUUCUCCCUGUCAAUUUGUCCAUUUCUGUGUAUUCCAUCACUUUCAUCCUCCAUUCUUCUUUUGUGGGCAUGUCUUCCUGUUUCCAUUUCUGUGCCAACAAGAUUCUGCCUGCUGUUACUGCAUACAAAACUAAUUUCACAUCUUUUUUACUAAUUUCAUCUCCCAGUAUUCCCAGUAAAAACACUUCUGGUUUUUUAACAAAAGUAUAUUUCAACAUCUUCUUUAAUUCAUUAUCUGUUUGCAGCAAGUUCUCCCUAUCAAAAAUCAUUAACAGAGCUAAUUGUGGGGUACAAAGAGGCCCUUUCAGUAAUGAAAGAUUGUCUUCCAGAAAACGGUUGCAGAGUCACAUAACCACCACAUGUGGUAGAAAGUUCCAAGAUGGCCAUAUUUUUAACAUUGAAGGAGUGCUUGAUAUGUUCCAGUUCACAUGAAUCUGGGGAUUAGACCUUGAGGCAACCGAGGCCUUAGAUUUCUGAUGGGCUUUUCUCAUGCCUAAUCUGCGUUUGAGUUUGUUCUAAAUAAGGGUCAUCAGCCUUCACGUACAGAGCACAUCUUACAUUACUAACACAUUGAAUUGGGCCCGGUAGCUCACUGGUGUCCAGUACAGUACUUUCAAGACAGGAGGCACAUGAUUCCAUUAGGCCAGUGUUUCUCAGAUUUGGGUCCCCAGGUUGUUGGGACUCCAACUCCCACCAUUCCUGACCACUGGUCCUACUAGCUAGGGAUGAUGGGAGUUGUAGUCCAACAACAGCUAGAGACCCAAGUUUGCGAAACACUGCCUUAGGCUGUUGCACUCCUAGCCACAGGAGCUGCUUCAGACUCCAGUGCCAAACGGGAAUCUAGGAAUACUCCCAGACAACUGCAGAGUGAGCUGGGUUGGGUGAGGAGCCCAGUUCAGUUCCAAAUGUGGUAGUGAAGUUUUUUCCUCAGGUACAUAUUGUCAGAAGCUCGUCCUACUCUCGAGUAGGACCCUGGCAGACACACAUGCUUGACUGGCAUGUUCCCUCCCUCCUGGUUGAUUGUUUGGGAGCUUCAAAAGCUUUCUUCAGCCCGAACAUCACAGCGACCGAUGCCAACAGACAUCGGCACACUUAGGGAUCCCCAGAGUCUUCACAGCUUGCGUAACAGACCUCAGCAACUCAGCAUUUUGGCUAAUCUACUUUAUUUACAUAUAAACACACACGGAGCACUGCAACAUGGCUCCCUCUCUUUAGCAUCAGACAGCAAAGAGAAAAAACAAAGGACAAUAGUCCCAGUUCACAGAACACAGUAACACAAACAUCCUGUCUCCGUCACUUCCCACUUUGUGGAGUCAAAACAUACACCGUCAUGUGAAAGACAGCAAUCCCAUGACUGCAGUCAUGGAGCAGGAAUUCUAACACAUAUAUCUUCACGCACAAACCCUGAAAUGCCCUUGUCCGUCCAGCAUCAGCUGUCACUGAUGACCACUAGAAAAAGUCCUGUCUGCAGGAAGCCAAAUUUAACUCCCAAUUGCCCUGUGAACUUUUUAUGAUCCUAUGCACAUCCUUUUCUCAUGUUUCAGUUCCCAUCUGUGAAAUGGGAAUAAUCAUUGUCGGCACCAGUGGAUGACAGAACAAGUGAAAGGAUUGUGAAGCGCUACACAUGUUAAAACUGUAACUGAGUGAUAGUUUAAGAGUUGCGGAUAAGUUAGGGCUAAAUUGUGGACCUGUAAAUGCUGUUGGACUGUAACUCUCAUCAGCUCCUACCCAGCAUAGCCCAUAGUAAUGGACAAAGGGAGUUCAGCAACAUCUGGAGGACUGGAGUUUAACCACUCCUGCUAGAAAACAAAAUUUUCAGUAUUGGCACCAUAUUAUUUUAAAAGUCUCUUAGAUGGUGGUGGUGUUUUUUCCUUGUGUUGCCAUCACCUAUCUGAAUGAACGCUCUAAAAACAUGGCUUGAAUUUUGAAACUCGCAAAACUGCAUUUUUUAAUGAACUUCAAAAGUACUAAAACGAAAAACAGUCACCUUCCUUUUAACUUUAAAGACACCUUAAAGUAGGGGUAGGCCAACAGGGUUCCCAUCUGAUGCUGUCAAAAUCCAACUUGCAUCAGCCCCAGCCAGCCUGGGCAAUGGUCGAGGAUAAUGGGAUUUGUAGUCCUACAGCAUCUGGAGGUCAUCUUAAACACUAACAAAUUUAUUACGACAAAUUAUAAACAAAUUUUAUUUAUUAUUAUUAAUAAUAAUAAUUUAUUAUUUAUACCCCGCCCAUCUGGCCGGGCCUCCCCAGCCACUCUGAGCAGCUUCCAAAAAAAAUUACUAAAAUACUGCAAUACAUCAAACAUUAAAAGCCUCCCUAAACAGGGCUGCCUUCAGAUGUCUUCUAAAAGUCUGGUAGUUGUUGUUUGCUUUGACAUCUGGUGGGAGCACGUUCCACAGGGAGGGCGCCACUACUGAGAAGGCCCUCUGCUUGGUUCCCUGUAACAUUAUUAGAAGCUCAAUAACUUUGGGGGUUUUGUAAAGAAAGCUCAGCAAUUUGGGGGGUUUCCUUAAAAAAAGACAGUUUUGGGGUCUUCCUAAAAAAAAAAAGCUGAACAACUUUCAUGGUGUCCUGGUUUUUACUUUUGGAAAUAUGGCAACCCUAACUAAUACUUCAUCCUAUAGAAUUCUAUCCAUGGUAUUUUAACUUCACAAUCAGAAUGAAUUUCAGGAACCAAAAUCCUUUUUCUGUGCGGCUUGAGCAGGAGCCAUAAUUAUAGUUAAUUGUUGUCAAUUGCCUUCACACACCAACCCCACUGCCCUGCUCACAAUAGUGAAGAAUAUUCUUACUUUAUGAAUGGUCCGUGUCACCGUUAUGAAAAAGAGGUCGGAAUAUAUGUGGGCUGUCCGUGGAUCAAGUGACUUUUCUUCAAGUUCUCAAAGCUCUUAACCUAGAACAAGGUUGUCAUCUGAACUAGCCAGAUGUUUAACAGAUAAUCAAUCAUAGACAGUCCAUAAGACUCUAGACAUUCUGUUUUGGUGACUGUAACCUUGGUUAAAGAAGCCAUUUGGUGCCUAGUUUAUAUAUCUGAGUUUCUAACACUGCACAGGACACUUAGUCUGUUGCAACAAAACCAGGAAACUCAACUACCCCUCUGGAAGUUCUUUAAAUGCGUAGACGGAGGAGAGUAGGAAUCAGGUUUUCCUUGCUGCUUGUAUCUGCUGACCUUGCUUGCCUUGUUUUUCCUGAAUUUCGAUUGUUUAGAAAUGGAGAAGCAAAGGUCUAUUAGUCGGUUAUUGCAGAGAAGUGAAAAACCUCCUCCUUCCUCCACUCCCUUUAGGUCUCCUCCAAAGCGGCUUUGUGAGUCUGUUCUCUUGUGUCCACAAACAAUUGAAAUCUUGAACUUUGUGUUCGGAUCAAAGUGUAGGGACUGGAAUCCUCUGUGUUGCUAGGAGAGGGGUGGGGGGCGGCCAAGCCCUUUGGAGUGUGUUCUGCUUUGCCAAAACAAACACCUAGAACAAAAGGAGUUCCUUUGCUAGCACAAAGCCAUGUCUGAAUGGCUUAAAACAGCUAUCCUCAAACUAUGGCCACACUGACAUUAUACAUUGAAAGCAGUAUAAUGCCCCUUCAAAGUCACCUUUUCCUCCAAAGCAUUCUGGGAAGUGUGAUUUGUUAAGGGUGCUGAGAGUGGUUAGGAAACCCCAGUACUCUCACAGAGCUACAGUUCCCAAGGAAGAGGGAGGUUCGUCUGGCGCCUUCAUUAUACGCGGGUGGCGCUGUGGUUUAAACCACUGAGCCUCUUGGGCUUGCCGAUCGGAAGGUCGACAGUUCAAAUCGACAGUUCAAAUCCGUUGCUCUGUCCCAGCUCCUGCCAACCUAGCAGUUCAAAAGCAGCACAGUGCAAGUAGAUAAAUAGGUACCAUUGUGGUGGGAAGGUAAACAGUGUUUCUGUGCGCUCUGGCUUCUGUCAUGGUGUUCCAUUGCAUCAGAAGCAGUUUAGUCAUGCUAGCAACAUGACCCAGAAGGCUGUCUGUGGACAAACGCCGGCUCCCUCAGCCUGAAAUGUGAGAUGAGCACUGCAACCCCAUAGUUGACUUUGACAGGGCUUAACAGUCCAGGGGUCCUUUAACUUUUACCUUUACCUUUUGACCUAUAAAGCCUUAAACGGCUCAGGACUGCAAUACCUCAAGGACUGCUUCUUUCCAGAUGAACCUACCUGGACCCUGAGAUCAUCUUCUGAGACCCUUCUUUGUGUGUCACCUCUACUAAUAGUAGUACAGUCAUACCUCGGGUUGAAGUAGCUUCAGGUUAAGCAUUUUUGGGUUGCGCUCCGCUGCGACCGUUACUUCCGGGUUUCGCCGCAUGCGCAGAGGCUCAAAAUGAUGUCUUGCGCAGAAGCGGCAAAACGCGACACGCGCAGAUGCACAGUCGCGUGUUACGUUCUACUCAGGAUGCGAACAGGGCUCUGGAACGGAUCCCGUUCACAUCCAGAGGUACUACUGCAGAGGUACUACUGUAGUGGUAAUAAUAAUAAUAAUACUAUAAUAAUAAUAUAAUAAUUAUAAUACUGUAAUAAUAUAACAAUAAUAAAAUAAUACACCAUUAGGUACCAGGCAAAAACAUUUCUCUUUAACCAGGCCUUUGGCUGAUUGACAUCCAGUGCCCUUUUAAAAUGUGUUGGCGGGGGGUUAUUGGGUUGUUUCUGUUUAUAGUUUGAUUAUGUAUUUUUUGUUUUUGUAUUGUGGACCACCCUGAGACCUGAGGGCAUAGGCAGUAUACAAAUUGAAUAAAUAAAUGAAAUAAUAAAAAGAGGGAUCGAUAGUUAAACCACUCUGAGAAUUGUAGCCCUUUGAAGAGAAUUGGGGUGGGGGGUGAGUCUCCUAACAAAUCUCAGCAUUUGUAACAAACUUCACUUCCUAGCAUUCCUUGUGGGAAGCCAUGACUGUUUAAAGUGGUGUGAUACUGCUUUGAAUGUAUAGUGCAGAUAGGACCUAUGUGUUAUGGGGGCUGCCUGGGUGAUGUGAAUGGGGCUGAACUGUCCUUGGAAAAUGAAUGUCAUCAUCCGUGGACUAGAAAAACCCCGAGAACAUAAGGAGAGCCCUGCAGGGUCAGACUAUAGGUUCAUGUGGUAUGCAACCAAGUUUUACUCAGAGAAAACCUGUUGAAAUUAAUGGACCUAACUCCAGUCAUGUUCAUUCAUUUAAGUGGGUCUACCACCACGGCAGUGGUCUCUCAUGCAGUGCAGCUGAUGGACAUAGGAGAAUCCCAGAAGCACCAUCAUUGCCUUGAGGGAUGGGUCACAGGGUGGGGCCCCCAUAAUUAAUAUUAACUAUCCUGCAAUAACAAGGAAAGUUGGGACCAUCACUUAGUGGUGGAGCAUUUGCCAUUGCUGAAGAUUCUCUGCCUGAAACCCCUGGAGAGCCACUUCCACUCAUUGUAGGCAGUACGGAGGUAGAUGGGCCAAUGCGUCUGGCAGCUUCCUGUGUUCCUAAGAAGAAUGCCUGUUCAUUGUGUGAAGUGUGUCCAAUUUCAGUCUGGGAGUCUGUAUUUGGGUAUCAAAAGCUUGGGAAACACCAGCAUGGAAGAAGCGGACCAUUUGGAUCCCUUCCAGUCGGGAUUCAGGCCUCAUCAUGGGACUGAAACUGCCUUGGUCGCACUGGUUGAUGAUCUCCGGCGGGCUAGGGACAAAGGUGAGAGCUGUUUCCUAGUUGUGCUGGAUCUCUCAGCGGCGUUUGAUACCAUCGACCAUAACAUCCUUCUGGACCGUCUUGAGGGGCUGGGAGCUGGGGCACUGUUAUACUGUGGUUCCGCUCCUUCCGCCUGGGCCGUGGUCAGAAAGGGGUGGGGGGGGGCUGAGUGGUCAGACCCCUGGGCCCUCGCGUGGGGGGUGCCGCAGGGUUCUGUCCUCUCCCCAUGCUUUUCAACAUCUACAUGAAGCCGCUGGGAGAGAUCAUCAAAAAGCUUUGCCAAUGCACCUCAAACUUGUGAUAUAAAUAGGGCCUUCAGUGCCUGCUUGUUUUGGCAAUUAGGUCUGCACUUGGUAGGAACCAUGAUAAUGCAAGGUUGUCCUCCACCACUUAUUUUCAGUUUAAGGGAUGAUGACUUGUCUCCUGUGGCUUGGAACUGGUUCAGAGACAUGGGGAAUUAACUUCAUGAUGUGGUACUGUACAGUCCUUCCAAGACUGAGGUUUUUUGGAGGUUGUAAAUGGAGGGAAUAAGUGUUUGGAUGUUCCCUCGUGUUUUGAAAUGACGACUCCUUAUCCCUGGAGGGCUAGUGUGUCAAGAGAAAGCAAUUGUAAUUGAGGGAAGACUGGAUGACACUUAAGCCACAGCCAUUCUCAGGGAAUUAGUUAUGUUAGAGUCUCAAUUGUGUGUGUUACCAAUAGCUACUUGUUCAUUUAUUGUUUGAACAAAAUGAAUACAGUCGUACUUUGGUUCUCGAAUGCCUUGGUACUUGUACGUUUUGGCUCCCGAACGGCGAAAAACCGAAAGUGUGUGUUCCAGUUUUCGAAUGUUCUUUGGAACCCAAAUGUCCGACACGGCUUCUGCGGCUUCCAAUUGAGUGCAGGAAGCUCCUGCAGCCAAUCGGAAGCUGUGCCUUGGUUUUCAAACAUUUUGGAAGUCGAACAGACUUCUGGAAUGGUUCGAGAACCAAGGUAUGACUGUAUCCCGCUUGCAUGAAGAGCCAUAGUGCAGCAGCUUCCUUGCUGCUGCAUGGAUUGGGUUUGAAUUGGCAUAAAAUUAUUUCAGGCAGAAGCAGGAGACUGAGCAGGCAGCCUCUGAAUUUGCAGAACCUGGAAUUGGAACUUCUGAUCAUUAAAGGUUAUUCAUUUUAUAUAAUGAGACAUUUGUAGCAUGUAGUUCAAGGUUCGAAAAGGUGCUAGUGGGAAUGAUCAGCUGCUUCCUGGGAAUCUCAGCACUUUUAUUCAGCGGCCCAAAUCCAGGCCUAAUACCUAAAACAUUAUUAUGCAUUUUAUGAGUGGGUCUUUGGAAUGUAGUAGGUUGAUUCAGAGGUAACACCUGAUCCCUGGUUGCGCAAACCACAGUUUAGACUCCAAACCAUGACACAAAUUGCAGACAUGCAGGCAGACAAUGAUUUGUGCAGUGGUUUGCCUGGGAUCCUAUAAGGCCAAGCAACCUGUCAUGGUUUGCACUUUGGGUGCAAGGCCAAACCACAGUUUCCUCAAACUGUGGUUUGCAAACCAGCUUCAAACUGUAGUUUCAGUUCCUAGUUUGAUUUGGCCACUCAAAACCAUGGUUUGUCAGAUGUUGGUUUGUCACAACAAAACAUGGUUUGAUAUUGUGUCUGAAGUCAGGGUAGGAAUAUCCUAUUCAGUGUUCUCACGCUGGCCUAAUUCUCACUGAAGUUGUAAACCUGUCUCUUGGCUGGUUCAGACAGAAGAGGUGCCCAGGUUUGGGAAGGUCUUUCCUCCCCACUGCAGUGCUGCCAUAGGAAGAGGCUUUCUUCCUAGCCCAGUGCUGGAAUGAGGAGCAAAAACACAAGCAUAUUUAACAGCUGCUGCAAGGUAACAGCUUGCUGGCUUGAGUUCAAGUGGCUGUGUUGCUCCUCUGUUAAAAGUAUAUCAUGAUUGUGAAUUUUGAGGUCUGUUUCGAAAUGUUUUUAUUUUACAUUUGUACGGUACUUUUGGGAAAUAUUUAUACUUUGCAAGGUGGCUCAAAAGUGCCUUAAAUAAUUAAAUUACCCGUUUUGGUGUUUGGAAUAACCAAAAAUUUGCACGAGUUCACCAAGCUUGCCAUUCACUGUAAUGUAUAAAAUUACCUUUUUAAACAAUUCAUAUUGUGUUAACUUAUUAUCAUAGGUCUGUUUAGCGCCGAGAGAUAGAAGUUUUGAUACCAGACAGCACAAAAUGUCUUUUCAGCUGUGUGUGUGUGUGUGUGUGUGUGUGUGUGGAGCAGAAGCCGCCAAAACAAAAAAAUCCUUCCUUCUUCCUAGCACAAUCUCAUAGUCUUAUCGUCGUAUUAUCUGUCAUACUAUUCAAAGCAGCUUAAGCUGGACAGAAUGGAAAACAUACUGGGGACACUUCUUUUCAUUAAUGAAAGCUUUUUUAUGUAUCACUGUCUCUGCUGGUGAAAAGGCAAAAUGAGCAGUAAAAGGCCUGCUUUUCUUGUCUUGCCUCUUUCACCUCGGCCUCUUGACACCUGAGCUGCGUAUUUUUCGAACCCACCCUAGUUUUUGUGACUUCGUUCAGUUUUUAAAAUGUUUUUAAUGUUGCAUUUUUAAAUGGUGGCAACCCUCCCCAUAGGGCCUUAGGGUGAAGGACUGGUAAUAAAUUAAAAUUAAAUCUUAAUAUCAAAUCAGGUUUGUGUGGUGGCUUGUGUCAUUAGUACAAAAAGUUUGUACUGUUGUUGUUUUCAAUUGAAGCAAGUACUCUCCCAAGGCUGUGUUAGCUAGGGGUGUUCUGUGAUGUUUGUUGAUCGGGUUCAGCCUUUCCAGAAACUGCUUUUGAAUCUUCUGUUCAAACUUUUAGCUAAGGGUCAGAUGACUUAUUAUGGCAGGUCGUGGGACCGAUUCCCAGUGCUGUGUUUUCUUUCUUUCUCCAUGUUACACAUAACCUCACUUACCUGUGACAUGAUUGGGCCCUUCCGGAUGUCCUUUUUUUGCCAAUUUUUAAAAUUUAUUUUUCAAUUUUUUAUUGUGCAUUCAUGAUACUUUGUGCUGAGUGGUAUUGGGGACAGGUGUAUGUGAUUCCCCACCUUCAAUCCUGUUUGCAGCUGCAAAAGUUUCAGGGUGUUUGUGCUGCUUUGUUUUCGGUCUGCACCCAUCCUGUAGCUCCCUGCUGAAAUCCUGCAACUCUUUUUUAUACCACAAAUGUUCUGGACAUGGUGGGAGGGUGGUUGUCCCACUUCAGUUGCACUGUAGUGCCAGAGUGCCCCUCCAGACUGCAAUAUUGUGUUAGCAUUGGAGGGGCAUUGCAGAGCAACUAAUGAAGCAGAAUUAUCUGUGGAUGGUCUGGUGUAAAUCCAGCACGAAUGUACUACUACAGUGACAGUUUCUUGUUGCAGAAUACUCCCGCAGAAGCCACUGCAAACCGUGGUGGCACCCACCCUGACUUUUCCCAAUUCACAGCAUUCGCUUUUAGGGGUGUAUGUGGGGGGAAGAACAGGGAAACUCAUAAUGCAACAUCAUAGGCAAAUGAACCAUUAAUUAUAGGGGAGAAGGUGACAUAAGGAGACAUUUAGCAGCUACUCUGUGUCUUCUACAGGGUGUAAUUUGGCACUAUUGUAAAGUUUAAGAGGGGAAAACGUGUCAGUUGGCUGCACUAAAAUCUCUCUCUCUUUCUCUCUGUCUCUUAAAAAAAGUUAAGAAAUUACCAUCUCUUGGGGUGGAGGAAUCAGGCUUCAAGGAAGGCAUUAUAUUCUGUAUCACCUUCUAUAAAUUCACUAGGAUAUAUAUUCAUUUCUCUUUUUUAGAGUUAUCCGGUACUAGCAGCCUUGUAUCCAGCGUUGCUCAGGAUAUCAAACAAACAAACAAAUCAGUGCAGUUUUGAAAAGUUCAGUCUGCCAUCUUGAGUCAAAAUGGCAGCCAACUGUAUCCAAACAUAGACAAAAACCUGCUUCUAAAUCUCAGGAAGCAUCAUGCAAUAUUUUGUUAUGAUAUCUUAAGAGGUGUCCAAAUGUAUAGCAAACAGAGCAACAGUUUCCCGAAAUAUUUAGUAGAUGGGUUUGGAUAAUUCAUUGCCCUCCAGAUGUUGUUGGACUCUGACUCCGAGCAGCCCCAGUCAGCAAUGGCCAAUGGUAAGGCAUAAUGCAAAUUGUAAUAAUAUCUGGAUGGCUACAGGAUAGCCACCUUGUUCCAGGAGGCCAAUCAUAUGAUUUUAAAAUUAGAUGUCUGCUGGUUGACAUGGACAAGUUUGUUACCAAAAGGGUAGCUUUAUAUGCUGCUAGCAGUGCAGAACAUAUGGAUUACAGGGAUAGUUCAGUUGGUAUAACAUGAGACUCUUAAUCUCAGGGUUGUGGAUUUGAUUACCACAUUGGGCAAAAUAUUCCUUCAUUGCUAGGGGUUGGAUUGGAUGACCCUUGUGGUCCCUUCCAGCUUUACAGUUCUAUGAUCUACUUUUUUUAGGCCCAAAACAAUGUAGGCUGCCAUGCAGACUUGUUAACUUAAAUGAUACAGGGUAUUUUUUAUUGUCUUAGAUUUUAACUACGGUAGUACCUCGGGUUAAGUACUUAAUUUGUUCCGGAGGUCUGUUCUUAACCUGAAGCACCACUUUAGCUAAUGGGGCCUCCUGCUGCCGCCGCGCUGCCGGAGCACGAUUUCUGUUCUCAUCCUGAAGUUCUUAACCUGAAGCACUAUUUCUGGGUUAGCGGAGUCUGUAACCUGAAGCAUAUGUAACCCAAGGUACCACUGUAUUUGUAUUUCUGAUAUUUUAUGUUAAUGUCCUUCUGGAUUAUCAGCAUCAUCAUCCUUUCACUUUACUUACAGUUUGUUUAGUGGUUUGUAUUGUGAUGGACAUUGGCUAUAAGCAAUACAAAUCUUGACUUUUUGUGACAGGUGAAGGAAAAGCUGAAUUGACGAAGAUAGGUUUCUGUGGGUUUUUAAGGAACAUUGAAGUAAAGCUAGACUGCAGUGCUGAAUUGCUUUCCUUGAGAGUAAGCCCAGCACAGUGGGACUUGCUUCCAACUAAACAUGCAUGAGGCUGCAGAACACACACAAGCUUGAUCUAUUGCCUCAGAGUCCUAUUGCCAGCUAACGGCAUGCAAAUAUUUGAAAGCACCUGCUUUAUUUGGCACACACACUUUUGGCUUCCUUUUGAGCCAAAGAGAUACGAUAAUGACAGAUUCAUAGGUUUUCCUCUGGAAAACAACAACAACAACCUCCUUGAGUCAUUUUGGUACAACCCCCUCCCCAUUGUAUGCUCACAACAGCCCUGUGAGGUAGGUCAGGGUGAAAAUGGCUAGCUGUCCUAGAGUCCCUAAAUGAGCUUCAUGGUGAAGAUUUGAAUCCAGGUCUCCCUGGUCUUAGUCCAAGACUCUAGCUAUUACGUCCCACUGCCUCUAUAAACUUCUCUCUCUGUUGUGAAAAUCCUGGUAAUUUCACUAUUGGGUGGAUUAGAAUCGAAAGGCUUAUCACAUGAAACUGAAGUGCUAAAUUGCACAAGGAUUUUACCACCUAGGAGGCCAGCAUAUGAAUCAACUGUAGGACAUAAUUUUGUUUCACAGCUUCAGGAAUUCUGGCCCGUUCAUGACCCCUUAAAGACAACAGGCCAGUUGACAGGUUUUAUUGUGCCUCAGUGCUUGUUAUAUUGAAAAAAAACAACUUUUCUUUUUUUGGUAUCGUUUCAGUACUGAAGCAAAUCCUCUCUGCCUCUUUCAUUAUCUGACGUGGCGCUUUGCUUUUUCAGAUGGUGACUAAUUUACAAGCUGCAGAGUCAUGUGCAACUUUUGACCUAUUUGUGGGUUGUGUCAGUCAGUGUUAGCAAGUUCUUGCAGGAUGCCACUCAUUCCCUGCUUAAAUUAUUUUCCCCACCUACCCUCAUCAUUGACAAGCCUCCCUCCAUCUAUCUUUGUCACACUGCUAAAGCUAUCCAUCCUGCAAUUAAGAAUUGAUUGAACCCUGUUUAUCAGAUGAUGCGUCUUGGAAUAAAACUGCAUUGCCUUACUUGCAUUAUUCAUGCUUGGCAUUUAUAAAGUGCUUUAAUCGCUCAGCAGCAUUAUCACAUAAACGUUGAUCAGUAUGGGAAUGUGCUUAGGUCAGUCUCCAGCUCAUGCAGAACUCUUCCUCCUUCUUCUCAUCCAGGAGAUUGGUUAGAUUCAUCAAUAUAAAACUUUCAGUCAACUAAAAAGAUGUCCCAGAUUAAUUGGGCAGCAAUUUUUUUUAAAAAAUACACUGAAUUGAUGUCCCAGACCCUCCAAGUGUCCCUAUUUUCCAGAGACAGUCCCAGAUUUACAGAAGUCAUCCCAGGUGUCCCUAUUUUCAGCACAGUAAUGUUGGAGGGUAUGGAAUUAUCCGACCCCCGAGCCAUCUGAAGGCAGCCCUGUAUAGGGAAGUUUUAAAACAUUAAAUGUUUUAUUUUGUUUUUAUAUAUGUUGAAAGCCGCCCAGAGUGGCUGGGCCAACCCAGUCAUAUGGGUGGGGUAUAAAUAGUAAAAUUAUUAUUAUGGAGUAGGAUGUCACUAUUUUCGUCGGAAAAAUGUUGGAGGGUAUGGAUCUCCCAGUACUUUGCCAGGGCAUAUAUCUUAGGCCUUAGGGUGCAUUCGCCUGCUAAAGCAAAGCAGCUUUAAGUCUGGAUGGGAGACACAUGGCAACCCCAUGAACACUGCCUUGAGCAUUUGGCGGGAAAAGGACAAUAUGUAAAUGUAUGAAAUGCUGAUGAUACAGCUCUUUACCCUGGCCGUUUGAGAUAUAUAUAUAUAUUAGGGCCCACCCUAUUCCUGUGAUUGCAGUUUGUUUUAACUGCUUUUGAAUGUUGUACUUCUAAUUGACCCACCCUAGGACCUUAGCGUGAAGGGCGGGUAAACAGUGCUAAUGAUAAUAAUAAUGAGAUUAUGAUAUCUAGUUUAUUCAUUCAUGAUACUGUCUUUGGCCAACACUUUGAGUGUAUUCUGCUAUUUAGGCAUUUACCGGUAUUCAGUUGGAUAACAAUGACUCUGGAAAGCUAAGUGCUACGAUGUUCUCAUAGUAAUGACAUCUUAGACUUGUGAAUUGGUACUUGCUUUGUCACUUGCUUCAAGGAUUCACAUUACACCAGGCAGAAGGGUUUCAGUAAACAGGAGCAAUACUGACUAGAUUUCUCUUUCUUUCAAUAUUAGCAGGAAAUAACUAAUGUAGAUUUCUGAAACUGUUGUGGACUAGUAACCUGAGCAUGCAUGGCUCCACUUCUUCAGAAAGAACAGACCUCGUGUGUGUGUUUAAGUACAUCUCAUUUUGGCAGACUGAGUCCUUCCUUGAGUAGGAACGCUUGAGAAAAUUAAACUAAACUCAUCUGCAUCUCCUGCAUGAAUGUGCAGAUUGUAAUUUAAUUAUCCACUGGCUUUCGGGUUUCCUAAAACUGCCAACAUGGUUCCUCGUUUCAAAAAUAUAUUAGCAUGCAUUUAUCAGAAAUAUUUAUCUCAAGAGCAAAUAUGUUGAAAGGGGUAUAUUUAAAUAUUGAUUUGUGUGCUUUGUGUUUGGAAAAUGUCAACACACUGACAGAGAAACAUUGAUUGUUGUUGUUGUUCUUUUGAACUAUCAUACAAACCCUGGUUGAAGACUGUGCUGCUUGGGGUUCAAACAGCUACUUCAGGCAUGCUUAUUAUGUCUUGGGCACGCUCAGUGCAAUUAUUGGCCCUCUAGAGCAAGGUUUCCCAAACUUGGGUCACCAGCUGUUUUUGGACUACAAGUCCCAUCAUCCCUGACCCCUGCUCCUGCUAGGUAGGAAUGAUGGGAGUUGUACAGUAGUCCCAAAACAUCUGGAGACCCAAGUUUGGGAAAGCCUGCUUUAAAGCAUGCUGUGCCACAAACUGCUUUUGUAAAACAAAUUCCUAGGCUGCAAAAGUGGCUUGCCAUGUGUUGUGACGUGGCUGGUCCAAAUACAUAAAUAAACACAAACAUACCUACACAGCCAAAGACUCCCUUCGACCUACAGAAAUCGCUGUGCUGUUCUUUGCCUGUCUUUCUCUUUCAAAAUAGGGUGGUCAGAAUCCAUAGGGUGGUGAUCUCCAAAUGAAGAGUUGUGUAAACUCAGCUCAGUUCCCCAUCUGUCUCUCAGCCAGCCUUCCCUUCUAAAAAUAGCACCCCCUUUCUCCCUCCCUAUUCUUAGACGGUGCAUUAAGUUCAGAGAGUCAAAGCAGGAAGUAGCGGUCAAGUAGGAAAGCAGCCACGGGUACUUCCUUGGGGUUAAAAGUGACAUAGACGUCACGUGUUGGCUACCGUCUAAUCUCGCCUUCCGGCAAAGCCAGUGAUUCUUCUCUCCUUGCAAUAUUAAUCGUCCUUGCUAACGCGUGCGCACACUCCUGUUCAAUCCGUAUUCAUCCAGGCAGCUUGAUUUUGUGACAAGAUGACACAAUAGGAAAUUGGCAUCCUGCCACAUAGUGUGUAUAAAUCAUUGUGCUCUUUCUUUGGUUGGAAAGAGGGUGUGAAUGCAGUUGUCAGGAGUAUCUGUCUUUCUUCCUGUAUACGGAUUCUUUCCACGGUUUGUUUGUUUUUUCUAGUGUGCAGUUGGACACAGAAUGUACAACUGGGAGGGAAAUGUGCAGUUGGAAAGCUGAUUAUGUGCACUUGGUAAAGGGGAGUGUAGCUGGGCACAUCAGGUAUAUGUGCUCAUUAACCCCUUAAACAACAGGCAAUGCCAGGGACAGCAUAUACACAUUAUUUGGUAAAGUGCACUCAGUUUCCAUACUUAAACUGCCCAAACCAUAUUAAAACGCCUUCCUUUUUCGGCAGAACCACUUCUUCUUAAUCUUCAAGCAGGCAACACUUUGUUGCAUCCUUGCAAAUAACCUUUAAAGUUAACCUUGGACCUGUCUUGCACCCCGUUCCUUCUUUGUGUUAGAAACUCAGAUAUAUAAGCUAGGCGCCAAAUGGCUCCUUAAACCAAGGUUGCAGUCGCCAAAAUGGAAUGUCUUCGGGAAGAUGGCUCUAAAGUCUUACUUUUCAAAUGAUGGACUGACUGUGAUUGAUUCUCAGUUGGCGAGUUCAGAUGACAACCUUGAGCUAGGUUAAGAGCUUUGAGAAAGAAGAAAAGUCGCUUGAUCCAGGUGUGCAUUGGCAAAAUCCAACCUCUCUGUCUUAAUGGUGACUUCUUCUGCUCCGACUGCCCAGAAAAAACAAUAUGGUUCCAGAAAUGCAUCUGAUUGUGCAAAUAAAAUAUAAGUGAUAGAAUUCUACAGGAUGGGGAUUAGUGUGUGAAAACAGUCCCAAUCCAAUGAUCUCCAGAUGGUGGAGAGGUCAGGUGCCAUUCUGGCGCCUGGGCAUCCUCACUUGGUCGCAAGUGGUUGAAAGCCAGGUGCAAUAUGUGCCUGGUGCCUAGGUAAAGGUAAAGGGGACCCCUGACCAUUAGGUCCAGUCGUGACCGACUCUGGAGUUGCGGCGCUCAUCUCGCUUUAUUUACAGCUUCCGGGUCAUGUGGCCAGCAUGACUAAGCCGCUUCUGGUGAACCAGAGCAGCGCACGGAAACGCGAUACCUAUUUAUCUACUUGCACUUUGACAUGCUUUCGAACUGCUAGGUUGGCAGGAGCAGGGACUGAGCAACAGGAGCUCACCCUGUCCUGGGGAUUUGAACCGCCGACCUUCUGAUUGGCAAGUCCUAGGCUCUGUGGUUUAACCCACAGCACCACCCGCGUCCCUCCACUGAACCACCCUCGUCUAGCACGUUUCAAACACUGUCUGGCCUCCCACUCAGCCAGUGGUGGCAUAUUAUAAUAGGUGCAAAGAUAGAAGUUUCCUGUUUCUGCAAGUAGUCAGGCCCUGCUUUUAUUUUUUAGUACAACACUUGCACUUAUGAGCCUCUUGAUGUUGGCAUUAUGGGGUUUGGCAGCAAACACGCAGCCAAGCACCUGCACAGUGUUUAUGUAAUUGGGGACCCUGAAAAUAAUUUGACCUUGUCCUCAAAGGCACACUCUCAACACACUCAGUGCCCAGAAUUUGAUCAAUGAAAACAGUUGUUGUCAUUUGCUUUCCUGAAGGAGUGUUACAGUCACCAUUUUUUUAUGUCCCCCCUUCUCCCCCAAACUCCAUGAGAGACAGGGACAGAACUUCAGCAUGGUAUGAGGGGCAGAGGAGAUCCGGACAGCCACUACUAAUAUAUUUUAAUCCCCUUUGGGUUUGCUCAGUAAACUCCUCUGUUUCCUAGUUAGGUUUUUCAGAUCACCCAGGUGAGUCUGAAAAAAACCAUAUAGAAACCCUCUGGAAAAAGCUUCAUUUGUUGGCAACUUGAUUCUGCAGACCACCCUUAGAAAUAGGAAUAAUUAAGCGGCAUGUCUUAAAUAAACCCUCCUGUUUGCAGAGCGCACUGAAGACAACUGCUAAUCUGAUUCUGGCUCUGCCUUGACUCCACUGAGUCACCUGCCUGAAGGAGCAACUUGUGCAGUUUAUUCCUGCUUUGGUGCGGGCUUGUUUGUUUUUGAAUUCCCAAGAGACCAAAUAUCAUUUUUCUCAUUCGAAAGUAUUUUUCGGACCAUGAGUAGAUAGAUCAGGCUAUAGUUCAGAAAAUCUGUUGAGAUUUUAGCAGGCCUGGCAGGAUCGGAAUAGGCCCAGGCGACAAACUUGUAUCUCAUUGGCCUUCAGUUUCUCUAGAGGUCUGGUGUUAAUUGGCCUACCUAGUUUGGUCUGUGGGGCCUGGUAGCUGUCAGCCUGGGAGUCUCUUUAAGCUUGUGCUGCAGCUGCUAUAUAUAAACUGAGAGGAGAAGGGCUGGAGUAGGAAAGAUGAAGAACUGGCAGGUAGUUGUCUCCUUCCUUCCUUCCUUCCUUCCUUCCUUCCUUCCUUUCUCUCUCUCUCUCUCUCUCUCUCUCUCUCUCUCCAUACUUUGGUUGUUGAAUGUAAUCUGUUCCGGAAGCCCGUUAAGAUUCUGAAAUGUUCGACAACCGAGGCGCGGCUUCCAAUUGGUUGCAAGAGCUUCCUGCACUCAGCAGAAGCUGCGUUGGACGUUUGACUUCCGAAAAAUGUUCAAAAGCCGGACCAUUUACUUCUGGGUUUUCAGCAUUCGGGAGCCAAAACAUUCCAAAAUGGAGCUGUUUGGGAACUGAGGUUUGACACUGUGUGUGUGUGUAUGUGUGAUAUACAUAUACAUAUACACCCCUGAGCUCACAAGCACCCAAGCAAUAAUACCGUAAGCAAGGAGCAAAGCACACCUUGUGUUCAUUUGGCUUUUUACACUUGUAAGUUUGGGAUGUCCAACAGGAAAUUUGUGCAACUGGAAAAUCUCAUUAAAAAAAACAAAAACCUGUUUCUUUGAUGUGAAAUCCAAAAUCUAUAGAUUUUUUUUUCCUCUUUUUGAAAGCGCUCUUUGCGAAACAUCUGAGGCUUUGGUCUAAAAAUAGUAAAACCUGCCAUUUGCUGAGACAAAUGUGGCAAUGUCCCCUUUUUAAAGAAGAAAAUGUUUUUCAUAUCCUCUGGGCAGAAAUGUUUUUUCGUUCUCUGCUGUUUACGUGCAUAGUUUGAACAAGUAGAAAGCAGAAGUAUCAGAGCAACUUGAGACAAAGUGCUCUACCUGGGGAUAGAGGACUCUGAUAAAACACAUGCUCUGCGGGUAGGCAAUUCCAGACCUGCUUCCUGACCUCUCCACGCAAAGGCAGAAGAGCUGGGAAAGACAUCUUUUGACCUGAGGCCAUUGAAAGCUGCUGACAGUCAAAGAUAGUACUAGGCUAGUGGAUCAAUGAUCUGGCACAGGAUAAGAGUGGGUUGUGUUGUGGAGUUUUGUUUCUUUUGCUGUAGAACUGAAUUGGCUGAAAUUAAUUUUCAAGGGCAUUGACUUGGAUUGAGCCAGAAAUUUACUCUUGAAUGGCCAGUGCUGAAAUCAUAGAGUGGAAAUUAAAUAUUAACCAUGUUCCCUUUUGCUUCUGGAUGCCCCAAACUGCAUACCAACAAGCAGGCUACACUCACAUUUUGUGUGUUUCAUCUUUGAUCAGGGUGUACUAAAGGAAAGGGAUUAGUGCCUUGGCUUACCAUACGAAAGACAGACAGACACAAGGCAACCUUUUUUGUCCGGAGGUUAAACCUCGCGAUAUAUCCCAAUACAAUGAUACGUCUGGUUGUGAACAGGAUCCAUUCCGGAGCCCUGUUCACAACCUGAGCAGAACGCAACCCGUGUCUGCGCGUGUUGCGAUUCGCCGCUUCUGCGCAUGCGUGUGAUGUCAUUUUGAGCACAUGCGCGAGCAGCGAAACCCAGAAGUAACCCUUUCCGUUACUUCCGGGUCGCUGUGGGACGCAACCUGAAAACCCUCAACCUAAAGCAAACGCAACAUGAGGUAUUACUGUAUAUCAUGGUGUCGGAAAGGUGGGAGGAAGAAGGCGGUUGCCCCCAGCCCUCGGCAGCCGGCCAUGCAGACGAUCGGCUCCAUUGUGCGCAGUUCUGCCGCUUCAUGGUGAGGGCGGGCUGCACAGCCCCAGGCAGAGCGCAUCAGCAAGGGCACCUCAUGGCAACGCAAACGCAAACACGUAGCCCUGGAGCGCCGCCAGCCUCCUUGGAGCUCUCAUCUUGCAAGUGGUGGCUACCAGGAACUACCCUCUAGAAUGUCACGCAAGGCACGGGAGGCGGCUCUGUUCUACCUGGGUGCAUCAUCACCUGGCACGAGGAGAAAGGGAGUGAGGAGGCGGCCGCUUGCAGGACCAGAGAAAGAAGCAAAGGCGCUGGCUGGCAGGCAGGCAGGCAGGCAGGCAAGCCCUACUUGAGUCUUGGGCUCCCGAGGCUGGCGGCUGGGCUGAGGGAGGAGUUGGCGAUCAUUGGGCAGCCUUGCAUGGCACCUGGGAGCGAAGUGCGCAAUGCUGGCUGUGCCCAGGGGGAGCGAGGAUUCAUGACACAUUGCCUGCCCAAAACUCUGAAAUCGCGAUCUGAACUUUAGAUCAGUUUUGGACGAUGAAUCGAUACAUGACUCCGCUCUACUCAUAGCGCUAGAAGUCGGGGAGAUCCAACAAAGAUUCAGGACAGACAAAUGAAAGUCAUUAUUCACACAGCUCUUGGUUUUAAUUCUCUCCCACAAGCGGCAGUGAUAGCCACCAGCCCAGAUGGCUGGGUUAUUUUAAAGGAUUAGACAAAGUCAUGGAGGAGAAGGCUCUCAGUAGCUGCUACCCCUGGUGGUAAUUUGCUUCUGAAUACCAUUUGCUGAAAACCGCAGAAGGAGAGGAUCCUCUUGCACCUGGGUCCUGCUUGCAGCCUUCCCAUAGGCAUCGGGUUGGCCACUGUGAAAAAAGGAUGCUGGACUGUAUUGGCCAGGGGUCAGCAAACUUUUUCAGCAGGGGCCGGUCCACUGUCCCUCAGACCUUGUAGGGGGCCAGACUAUAUUUUGGAAAAAAAUAUGAACGAAUUCCUAUGCCCCACAAAUAACCCAGAGAUGCAUUUUAAAUAAAAGCACACAUUCUAUUCAUGUAAAAACACACUGAUUCACGGACCGUCCACGGGCCAGAUUGAGAAGACGAUUGGGUGCAUCCGGCCCCGGGCCUUAGUUUGCCUACCCAUGGCAUUGGCCAUUGGCCUGAUCCAGCAAGCUCUUCUUAUGUUCUUAAGUGAGGCUUAUUAGGGCAAUAUAAAAGAACCGAAACAGCUAGCCCUGCCCAUAUUUUAUUAUUGGAGUUCGCUGAAAGAUCAGCAUAUGAGAAUUAUUCCCCACUGUUGUUAUAUACUGCCCAGUCUGUAACACUAAUCAGAAUUAUUCUCCAGUCAGAAGUUUUUUAAAACUUUUCCAUGCUCAUGAAUGACUGUGGUCCGUUUUCUAAGAGAUAAUUUCUCAUCUUCUCAAAGGAAGAAGCGUUGUCAUUUGACGGCCAUCUAAAUAAUUUUUUUGUUGGGCUGUUUCAUUUAGUCUUUUCUGCCCUCACAGGCACGUUAAGACACUUUGGCGUAAAGUGGUACAUUCAAAACAAUUAAAAACCAGUCGAUAGCUUCUUAAUAAAUCACUUUGCUUCUGGAAUUGACACUUCUGUGAAAAGCUCUCCUUUCAGUCCACGUUCAGAGAGCCUGAGCUUUGUUUACAGCUCCUUUUCUUAAGUCGAUAUUGAAAUGGCGUGCUGUAAAAUAAAAGCUGGUGUCACGGCACUUCUUUAUAAAUCAUGUUCAGAGUGGCAUAUUUCUGAUAAUUACUGUGAUAGGACUUGAGGACCCGCACAGUAGGAUGCUGUGAAAGCUUUUUACUUAGGAAAGGGUGACUUUUCUCCUCCUCCCCAUUUGCUGCUUGUCAGGAAUGUUUCGUGUAAACGAAGUUUUUCCUGCUCUUUGCGUCUUCUUCUCCCUGAGAUUAACCAGAGUUAUUGGCGUGUUCCACUUUAUAGCCCAUUAUAAUCUUUGAUCCUCAAGCCGGUGUUCCACUAAUCCGUAUCACAGCUGCACUCAGCCUUUCUUGUAAGUAGUAAUUACUGUUUCCGUGUAACUAAGCUAUUCACGCUGUACUAUAGACUCGAGGGCUUGCUCUGAAGGUGAAACUUCCUAAAAUUAUUGAUUGAAUUUGUUUCCCAUUCUUCCUCCCAAAGGAGUCCAAGGCAGCAAAUGUAUAUACAGUUUUAAAACAAAACCAAAAUGCUCUAAAAACACCUGAAAGCAGUUGCAAUUAAAAACAGACUUCCGGCAAAUGAUUUCAAGAUUUCCAGGAAUCGUAGUCUUCAACCACCAAAUGUCUAUUUUUCAUUUUUUUUUAAUAAAUCGCCCGUCUCAGGGCGAUAAAAUCACAACAUAAAAACACAGAAUGUAAACAAGAAUGUUUUCAAAUUCCUCCUGAAAGUUAAUAAUGAUGGAGACAGGCACACCUCACUAGGGAAGGCAUUCCACAACCAUGGGGCCACCAAUGAAAAGGCCCUGUCGUGGGGCAGUUGGGAGGGACUGCGAGGAUCAUCUAGUCCAAUCCCCUGCAAUGCAGGAAUCUUUCACCCAUAGUGGGGCUCAAACCAACAACCCUGAGACUGAGAGUCUCAUGUUCUACCAACUGAGCUGUCCCAGGCCUCACCUGCUGAUCAUAGAGUCCAUGACAGUUGGCAUAGAAGAAGGUACUCUAUUAGGUACUUGGGUCCCAAGCCAUUUGCGGCUUUAUAUGCUAGGAUUAACACGUUACAUGUGGCCUGGCAAGACAUUGGUUGAAGGCAUUUCAAACGCUCUUGCAAUCUGCCUCCCCAAGGGUGGUGCAAAUAGAGCAAAGAUGGAACUCUGGUUUCUCCUGUUAGGAGUUUAGACGAACACAACCCAAAUACUAUCAACUCUUCAGCUCUUCGCCUCCCGCUCUCUUCCUGGCCUAUGUUCCUGCCUUGGAUACCUGUUUCAAUUUCAUAAGUUUGUGUCCACGUAGUGUUGCAUAUUUGCAUUUAGUAAAUCUUGAUUUGGGGGAGGUGGGGGUUGAAAAUGAUCUAACGUUUUGGUGGCCAUACUUAUAAAUAUUGUGUUCUAUCCAACUAAGUCCUACUCGGAGAGGACACACUGAAAUGAAUGAACCUAAGUUAGUCAUGUUCAUUAACUUCAAUAUGAGCACGCUUCAUUGGAGCCAAAUCCUUUCUCAUCAAAGCUUGGCACGUAAACAUUGAUUAUCUUGCAGCCAACAUGGUGCCCUCCAGAAGUUACUGGACUACAAAUCCCACCAUCCGUGACCAUUGGCCGUACUGGCUGGGGCUGAUGGGAGUUGGAGUGCCACAACAUUAUGCUGGCCCAGUGCUGUCCACCCUGGCUCAGGAUAUACCUGUUGACUUCUGCUCUUGCUUUCCUGUGACUUACAGUAUUAGCAGACUGCCAUUGGGUAUUUCUUUCUGCAAUUAGCACCUUUCUCUCCUAGCUGUGUUUGAUGGACACCCUUGUUUUCUUGAUCAAAGUUAUUUGAAAGUUGCAGUCUUUCUGAGCCAGUCUUGCUUAGGAGUUGAUUGGGGCCAUAGCGGCCACUGAAGACACCACACAGGUUGGGGUACAGCAUGUGCCUGAAUAGCUCAGUUGGUUAGAGCAUGGCGCUGAUAACGCCAAGGUUGCAGGUUUUAUCCUGUAUGGGACAGCUGCAUAUUCCUGCAUUGACGUGGGUUGGGUUAGAUGGUUUUCAGAGUCCCUUCCAACUCUGAUUUUAUGAUUUCUAUGUUUACGCUGUAACAAACAGUUGGUUAAGCUGUGACUCAAGAUCCUGAUUCCUCCUCGCUCACCCCAGUUGAAAUUGGCUCUUUGUAUAGGAGGAUUAAAAGCCUGAGAUUUGGGGGCUAAUCCUACUAAAUGCAGCUGUCUCUGAUCCUAUUAAUUGGCUUUUGUAGCCUGGGAAUGCUAACAGGUAUGCAAGGUUUCGAGGCUGGAGUAGUAAUAUUAAAUAACAACUCCUGGCUUUGCUUUCUUGCAUCCUCAUGCUCCACAGUCAUCAGCAAUUGUUCAGCUGUUGUUUCUUGGUAGUGUCAAGCUGAAUGAGAUCACUUGUGCCUUGGUAGGUUUAUUGAAUCACACACUCUCUUGCCUCUAACCCUGUUGGAGGUGAUCAUUCAUUUCCCUCACCGCUUAAAACCCACUUGAUGCUCUUCCAGAUGUUGUUGGACUACAACUUCCAUCAUCUGUUGGCUGGGGCUGAUGGGAAUUGUAGUCUUGAAACAUCUGGAGGGCAGCGGAGAAAACAGCUCAAGACCAUGUGAUGUCUUCAAACCCUUCACUAGCUGCUGCCUUGCCCUCUAAAUUUUUAAAGCUCAUCACAGCCCAGCCCUCACAGCCCAAUAUUUAUUCAUCCACAGUCUGUGCUCUUCAGACUUGUCUACCUUUGUUGGACUAGAUGGGCCUUUGGUUUAAUCCAGUAGGGCGGUUCCUAUGACGGGGUGGGUGAUUGAGGAGAAGGCUAUCAAUGACUACAACUCAUGACAGCUGAGAUCAUCUCCACUGUUGGAGACACUGAGUCUCUGAAUGACAGUUGCGCAGGGUCACAGGUGGAGGGGGUGUCGUUGCAUCAGGGUGGCCACUGUGUGAACUUGGAUGCUGGACUAGAGGGACCUUUGACAUGAAUCCAGCAGGGCUCAUCUUAGGUUCUUAGCUUUCCCCUUGUUUCUCCAUAUGCCUCCUCAUCUCUUUCAAAGUCUUUUCUUCCAUAAAGCCUCGCCUUACCCAGAAGUCUUAAUCACCACCUGAAACAAAAGCUGACAUCUCCCAACCUCUCCAGCCACCACUAGCAGAUCUAGAUUGUACACUCUUUGGCACAGCACCCUGUUACUACUACUACAAAGCGGCCCUGUAUGUCAAAGGGCUACAUUAAAACUGGUAUGAAGUUCUUUGUAUUGUUAAUAGAGCAUUUUCCACCUGCAUUGUUGAUUUCAGGGCCAAACUAGGCUGCGUCUACAUCUCUGUCCCACUUGUCCUCCGAGGAGCAUAGAGGGGAGCAUCCAUGGCUCUUCUCCCAACCCCCAUGGAAAAGCAAUCUUUGAGGAGACAAAUAGCAGGAAGAGAAAGGGUUAAACAUCCUUCUCACCCCUCCCUCCACAGCUGCUUUUUGUCAGGGGUCAGGAAGGGAACCCAGUACACUUAACUGAUAAACUUGCUGCAUAAUGUCCCGUUCUGCUCUCACUAAGGUGGUGAAACCUUGUUCUGUUUCUUGAUCGGCUUUUAAGUUCAUCUUAAUUUUUUUCCCAUUUUAAAAAAGUUCCCUCAAGACAGAAACCUUCUAACAUCUGGGGUUUUUCUCCUGAUUCUUGAGGAACUCAGGUUUAUUUACAUCUUCAAUAUUUUGAAAGUGUUGACAGUGUGCAGAAUGCUUUUUCAAGAGUUCUUAUCCUAGAUGCUGUCUCCUGCCUUCAUCCUCUAGCUACAAAAUUGGGGAGCUGGCUCAGCUAGAACUGGAUCCGGUUUUUCUUGUUCUUCUUCAGAGGUUUACUCAUCCUCCUAUACUACUUCCUGUUUUUGUCUAUUUGACGGUGUUGGUUCCCCCCCCCCCUCCCCCAACCUUCCUACACUGCCACUCAUGAUUUUAAUAAAAUCACUCAAAUCAAACUUUCGGAUUUCAGGGAAUUGUUUCUGCAUGCACUGAGCUGCCAUGGAUUUUCCUCCUGGCACCUCUGUUCUGGUAUAUGUUCUAGUCCAAGCACAGGCCCCAUUUGCUCCAUAUAUUUAAAUCAGUCUCUAACCACUUUAAAUAGUCAUGACUUCCCCCAAAGAACUCUGGGAACAGUAGUUUUGUUAAUGGUGUUGGAGGUUGCUAGGAGACCCCUAUUCCCCUUGCUUCACUACAAUUCCCAGAGUUCCCUGGGAAGAGGACUUGAGUGUUAAACCACUCUGAGAAUUAGAACCUGCACCCUAUUUGUUAACAGCUGUAAUAAUAUUAAUGACUGAAAAUUGUAAAGUUUCAUUACUCUCACUUCUCAGAAAGAUUGGCUUAAUAAAGUUUGGGAUUUGGCUAUAACGUCAAAAAACAAAUUAUCUAAGUAUAAGAAUUCCAAGUGAUAUGGAAGUCAAUUAUGGGAAAACUGGUUGCCCCUCAUACAAUUUUGUCAAGAAAAUAAUUACCUCCCGCAAUGCAAAUUCAAGUAGGCUUUGAGUUUUGUUUCAUUUUUGUUAAUGGUAAUUUUAUGUUAAGGAAUAUUUCCUUGUAGAGUAUUAUUUCUGAAGUAUUUUUCUCUGGAGCAGUUUUCCUUAUAAUUGUUAAGAAUUGUCAAACGAUUAGGUAAAAAUGUAAAAAUACAGAUUCCAGCUACAAAAGCUGAGGCGGCCAGAGACCAUCUUGGCUUUAAGACCUGGAAGACCUGCCCCCUGCCUUGCUGGCUUUCCCCCUCCUGGCCUAGAAAGGCAGGGCCCUGACAGACUCCAACUGCAAAAGCUGAACAGAUGCUUAAACUGCAGUAUUGUUUAGUGGGGUGUUGUUGGGUUUUUUGUUGUUGCUGCUGCUGCUGUGGUUUUUUUUUUUUUUUGGUAUCUUUCUUUUCAGCUCUUAUUUUGACUUAUGUGGCAAUUGUCCAGUUUUGUCAAUUUUAUAUUUAUUGUUUAUAGCUUCUGCAAUUAUGUAUCCCCCCCCGUAAGCUGCUUUGACCAUGGUUUUAACUGUGGAAAGGGGGCCAUACAAAUACAGUGGUACCUCAGGUUACAGACGCUUCAGGUUACAGACUCUGCUAACCCAGAAAUAGUACCUCGGGUUAAGAACUUUGCUUCAGGAUGAGAACAGAAAUUGUGCUGCAGCGGCAGCGGGAGGCCCCAUUAGCUAAAGUGGUCUUCAGGUUAAGAACAGUUUCAGGUUAAGAACGGACCUCCAGAACGAAUUGUACUUAACCCGAGGUACUACUGUAAAAUGAUUGUGAUGAUGAUGAGAGGCACUACAGUGGCUAGCCCUGGUCAAAGAACAAGUUUUUAGCUACAGCUCAUAGUUUGUCCAGAGUAGGAUAUGUCACAAUAUUGCAAUUAUACCAUACUCUGCAUUGCUAUUGUAAGCCAGCUUGAAUAAAAAUGUCUUGCACCACCAGUGAAAGAUGCAUAGGCUGCAGCUUUGGCAAGUCUCCAGAGAAGAGAAUUUCAAUAAGAGGGGCAGCCACUGACCACCUCUUUCUGCAAACCUCUUAUGACUCGGUGUAUAGAUCCCGAUGGUAUACUUGAACUUAAAGGUCAUGCUGGUCUCAGGUUGGUAGGGGCUUCAUGAUGUCUUUGUGGAAUGUCUCGAAUGCAAAAAACUUAAGGGCGGGUCUGAACUCCUUGACUAAGCCGACUGUCUUGUUUUCCCAGGUCACUAGAAAAAGAGUAUGGCUCAAGAAACCAACCAUAGCCAAGUGCCUAUGCUUUGUUCUACUGGGUGCGGAUUUUACGGAAACCCUCGUACGAAUGGCAUGUGUUCUGUAUGCUAUAAAGAACAUCUUCAACGGCAGAAUGGUAGUAAUGGUAGAAUUAGCCCACCAGGUGAGUUCAGAUCUCCGAAAUGUGUCGGGGUUGACUUAUAGAUGUACGAGCCCAUGUGGCUGCGGUAGGGAACCUCCAGUUUGCUGGUCAGUUUGGUCCAUAAAGCCAUCUCCCCCCCCCCACUCCCCCAAACCAAUCAGCUGACGUCACUGGGUGACAUCAGGUGAGGGGCAGGUUGUGGGGUUCACUCCUGCCAAGUGGUGCAGGUAACACAGGGGAACUUUAGCCACAUGGUGGCGUUUCCGUGUGCUCUGGCUUCCAUCACAGUGUUCUGUUGCGCUGGAAGCUGUUUAGGCAUGCUGGCAAAAUAAUAAUAAUAAUAAUAAUAAUAAUAAUAAUAAUAUAUUAUUUAUUAUUUUGUAUCCCACCCAUCUGGCUGGGUUUCCCCAGUUACUCUGGGCAGCUCUCAACAGAAUUAAAAGCACAAUAAAAUAUUAAACAUUAAAAACUUCCCUAAACAGGGCUGCUUUCAGAUGUCUUUUUAAAGUCAGGUAGUUUAUUGCCUUGACAUCUGCUGGGAGGGCGUUCCACAGGGCAGGCGCCACUACCAAGAAGGCCCUCUGCCUGGUUCCCUGUCAUGGCAAAAUGAUGGGGGUGGAGGCACUGUCUGUGGACAAACACCGGCUCCCUCAACCUGAAAGCGUGAUGAGCGCUGCAACCCCAUAGUCGCCUUUGACUGGACUUAAUCGUCCAGGGGUCCUUUCAGGAUACAAAUGCAGGGGUCAGAUAAUUGACAGGUGGGUGAUCCCUACCGACUUGUCACAGUUGGUCCACAGGGUGGCGGCAAGAUAAAAAUCUGGAUUCCGCACUCCUGCAAAGAUCUCAUGACCUGUCCAAGACAGCUGGGAUUUUCGCUUGGCCUGUGUAUGUCGAAUGGGCCAUGCUAAGCAGACUGCCUUCCUUUGUCUUGCAGCAGGCAGUUGCUAAUUGUAGAACGGGAGAGAGAAAGAGAGAAGGAAAAGAAGAACUGUGACUAAUUGUGUGUGGCCUGUAGUAUCACCAAACAGAUUAUGAUUCAGCUUCAAACGGAACAUUAGGCCUACGCCGUUUUAACAGGGGUUUUUUUUUGUCAGUAUAGUCUAAGGGUCAUUCUUGCAGCUCGUAUUUUACUUGUGGUAAAGUAUUGCAAGCUUAGUCUGCCCGACACUGCCGUAAAUAGCUGUAGAGCAGGAGCGGGCAGAAGUGUUCAGCCUGAGGGCCGCUUUCCCUUCUGUGCAGUCUUCCAGGGGCCACAUGUCAGCAGUGGGCAGAGUCAGAGGCAAAAAUGACCUGAGUGUGAAUCUUACCUUUGUACAGCAGGCUCAUAGGAACCAACUCCUAGGGGCCAAAGUCUCUUCAGCCCCUAAAAAAAUAUAUUUGAGAGGGCCAGCCAGUCGUCCCCGCCCCCCAGUUGAUGGUCAUUGCCAUUCAACUGGUGUGCAUGCACUGCGUCUUGGCGAUCGAUUAUGUGGGGCUUACCUGCCCCCCCCAAUAUUUUAUUCAAGUUGGCACCCCUAAGUAGCUAGUUUCUGCACCAGUCUCUCACUCUGUCCUCCAUCCAGGCCAACUGCAUUAUUAGAGUAUUAAGUGCACAUUCCAGACUGGCAGGAAGGUUGCAAGGUGGGGCUGGUGAGAGAGGUCUUGAGGGCCAGGUACAGAGGUCUAAGGGGCCGCAUUUGGCCUCUGGUUCCAAGGUUCCCCUUCCCUGCCAUACUGAGGGACUGGUUUGUUUGUGAACCAAAACCAGCCAAUGGAGGAAGGGAUAGCUAAGUUGAGGAGAGAGGAAAAAACAGGUGAUCUGGAAACAGCUGCUGCCACAUUAAAACGGCAACACGCAACUUGCAGAACCGCCCAUUACACUGUUGACCUUCCUGCCAAAUAGCAUGUUGCACAUCAUUUAAGAUAGUGCAACUUUUCCAGGAAGCGAUCAUGAAUACUUUCUUAACUUAGGCCACAUCCACACCACCUAUUUAAAGCUCUCUGAUUCGUUAGUGCAAAGCCAUGUCAGAAUUACUUAUAACAGCAACCCUAAAAGUGUGGCCUUAUCUGCACUAUUCACUUAAAGCAGUAUCGUAAAGCCAAUCCUCCGUGAAUUUGUCUGAUCCUUUUUUAAAGCCAUCCAAGUCAUUGGCCAUCACUGCAGUAAAUUCCGUUGUUUAGCUAUGUGUAGUGUGGAUUGAUUAUCGUCCCCCGAAGAGGUAUUCUUUGUGUUUUUAAAAUAUCAAAUUUUAUCUUAUUUGAAUUUUAAAAACAAACCAACCUGCACAUUAAAUUCAAAGGCACAAUUGCCAUCUCUUGUAUUUGGGCAUAUAUAAUUGAAUUGUAGUCCAACCCCUGUAAUGCAGGAAUAUGCAGCUGUCCCAUAGGGGGAUCGAACCUGCAACAUUGGCAUUAUCGGCACCAUGCUCUAAGCAACUGAGGUGUGGUUAAUAACUUAGGUGUAGAUAUCAUUCUGUCCUGAAAUAAUCACAGCCCAAAGUCUCCCCCAGCCCUAAGAUUGCAACAUCUAGCCUAUGGUGACCAGUUGUCUUCUAGCAUAGCCAAUUGCUGUCUUAACACGAGUGCCUCUUCUUUCAGCAACUUCUGUUAGUAGCCUAACUGAGUCUUUACCAGUUCAAUGCACUGAAGGCAGCAUCCAGGAAACUUCAUCAACACUAGAUUCUACACCUGUACCACCUAUGCAGCCAAGGUAAACGUUGCCAUCCUGUGUUUGUGUGUAUCAAAGGUCUAUGUGGAAUUGUUACCAUAAUGUUAAUUGCAGCAUUUUCUAUUUUGGGGACAGAAUGGUAACUGCAUGGAUGAGAGCAUUCUCCCUUUUUAUAGAUUGGGAGUGCUGCACUAUAGCUGUCUGUGAGUUUUGUUAAUGUAUCUGGGGACAGAGCAGGAGCCCGUCUUUCUACACUGUUCCCUAUAAUAGCAAAACUCAGGUGCUGAGUGCUGAUGGUUACCUAGACAGGUUUGUAAAAGUACCCAGAUUUGCUGGAGUACUCCCCAAAGAUGGCCCCAUACAGAUGUUGACUGGGGAAGAUCUCAACUUAAAACUUGUUGGUAUGGGAAAAUGCACAGCAAAAUCUGCACCUCAAAGUAUGACCUAAACACUUGUAAGGUAAGCAUUUGCACUUUGAAUUGGAAGCACGCCAGUGAAUCUGCUUUGGUGCUGGCAGCUCUGGUCCCAGUGCCUGGCCCCAGUUUCUGAACAGUCUUUCAAAGACAGUUAUAUUAUUUUCAGAGCUCUUUGCUAAAUAUACAAGAUAAACACAGUGUAGACUAGUCCGUGGGGGUAAAUGUGACACUGCCCUCAUCCAUCCAUCAGCUGACCAUCUUCUUAAAUUACAACCAGUCCAAUGGGUGGCAGCACUGGACAAAUACUUUGCUUCUGAUGAUUUUAUUCAUUUUGUAAUUUUGUUUCUGCCCUGCCUUUCCUUCGAGGAGCUUAAGGCGACGACCGUGGCUCCCUUUCCCUGUUUAUCCUCACGCCAAUCUUGUGAGGUAGGCUCAGCAGAGAGAGAGAGAGGGAGAGACGAACUGACUCCAGGUCACUUAGCAAGCAUCAUGGCCUGGUAGCAUCUCGAACCCUGGUGUCUAUAAUAUCAAGUUGCCUUUAUAAGCAGUUGAAACAGUUGCCUUCUAAAAGCGAAUAUUUCAUGUGCUAGUUAUGGCAAAGACUGUACCACUUUCUAAAGAAAUUCUCUCCCUGCCACCCCGCUUCUAGCCCUGUGUCAAGCCCAUCAUCACUCUUAGCAGAAUCUGUAGCAACAUGUGAAGUGGAAAGUACAGACAUAGUGGACAAGGCAGGACCUGAAAGAGAAGAUGUCCAAGGUUAGUAUAUGAACUAGUUGGGUGCCUUCACUGUCUUUGUUUAUGUUUUUUGGAACACAAAGAGAAAAUAUACAUUGUUGUCCUACUUGAUCUACUGCUGGUUAUCAAUAACUCUGCAAUGCCAGUUGUCAAAAACUGCAGAGGCCAGAACUGAAAAGAAGAGACUUGAAUUGUACACCUUGAUUGCAGGCAUGCACAGAUUUGUUUUGUGGCAUUUCCCAGUGAGCUUGCUGACAAUUGCAUCUCCUUAAGAGUGGAGAGAAUCUUUAAGCACUUAAUAAUUUGUCACAGAAGGUAUAAGGCAACAUGAAUGUGCCAGGAUUUCUCACCUUCCCCACCCCUCCAAAAAAAUUACUACUGUUUAAGCAUUUGGAAAGAGGUAAAUAAAACAGUUGGGUGAGCAGCUCUGCAAGACCAGAAAUUUAAUCUUACUGGUUUUGGACUCCAGUAAAUCCCAUCUUUUAUCUACCAGCCCCUUUUGAUUCCAAAGCUUGAGUGUGUUUGUUUAUCUAGCUAUAUUCAGUCCUAUAUUGAAUAUCCAGAUUAAUGCCAUGGACAUGAAUGUUUCAGCCAUCCAGUUUAUUUCAAGAGAAUCCAAAGUUUGCUUACCUCGCUUAAUUUGAAUCCACCCUGUGGCUUUGCAAAGAAAUCACCUAUACAUGUAAAGCUGAAUUUCACUGCAACAACCCUAACAGACUUUAAAGUUUCUUGUCAGUUGUGUGGCAAGUAAUGCAAUUAUGCAAAAGUACCUGUGUUAGUCUUUUGCUGAAAGAGAGUCCUGGGACUUAUUAUGACAUGAGCUUAUGCAGAAAAAAACAAAAUAAAUCUUGCCACGAUAGAUUUUUUAAAAUCAGCAUGGUAACACAGAACUCCUUUGCAUGUGUGUGGGUUUUUUUAAUUGACAUUCAGGGAGAUUCCCCUUUAAAAUUGCUAUAUGUAUUGUUCGUGGGACAAUGUUGACAGAUGUUGGGGCAUCCUUGUGCCCUUUGGGCACAGAUAACAGUGGAGAGUCUGGGCCCCCAAAACCUGCCUUUGAGCAUUCCAGAUGUGCUUCUAAAAACAGAUUGUGCUCAAUUUCAUCUUUUAGGGUUUGGUUUUUUUGCAGUGACUCUAAACCAUGUCAUUAAUACAGUUAACAAUGUGAUCCUUCCUACUCAGAAGUGAGUCUCACUGUGUUCAGGGAGACUUGCCCCCACGUGAAGCAUGCCUAAGAUUAUUUGAGUAUUCCUGAAAUUCAGAAACACAAGCAGCAGUGCUCUUUCUCAUACACAUUCUGGAAAGACGCAGUGAAAUGACAUAAGCACAGCAUUACUCAGCUCAUACACCCAUCUCUGUGUACUCAUUUCUGCCAUGGGGGAGCUGUUGCAGAUGGCUUGCAAGUUAAGCUGGAUCUCGGUCACACACUUGACAGCUAGGGCCUUGAGAUAAGAAAAGGGGUAUUAGACGAGUGCCGUGUGUACUAGAGUAAGCGAAAGCUUUAUCUGUAUUUUCCUUUGGUCCACUCCCAGUAUAACAUAGCAGGGUUUCUUCCUUUCUUAAGAGAAGCCCUUGUGGGCUCCCCCUUAUGCUCAUUGGGCUACUGAUCACAUCUUCUGCCUUUGGUGGGGGUUUUUUUAUUUGUUUCGUUGUCCUUCUUUUAGCUAAGCAAUACCUGCCUUUUAGUUCUGUGGUCUGGGCUCUGAUUUGCUGCAUAUUCAAAACAGAGCACUGGUGUGGGGUUUUAAAAGAAAACACUACACUGAGGUCAGAGGAAGGGGCCUUCUACCAGGUCUAAUAAUUUGUCCCCAAGAGCCUGCCAUUGUCUGUUCUGACUGGCAUUGACUCCAGGAUCCCAGGCAGGGAUUUUCUCAUCACCUGCUCAUUUUUGACUGAAGAGUCCAUGGAUUGAACUUGGGAACUUCUUGAUGCAAAGCAUGUACUCCACUACUGAGCAGUGGUCUCUUGCCUGUAUGGAAAUGUGGCCACUCACUGGCUUGAGCCACUUCUGGGUGGGGAGGGGAAAGAGCCUUAGCUGCAGCUGAGCUUUCUUCCUUGCUAAAACCAGCUGUGUUUGUCUCUGUGAACAUGGCAUAACCCCCUUUUCUGUUUGGAGCCAUCUAAUCCUUAGGGUGUUGUAUUGUGUGAUACCACAUCUGUAAAAGAGAUGUGAACCGGGUCUCCUAGCCAUAGAAUGGACGGUGCACUGUGAGCAUGGCCACUGGCCAAGGGUGAUGGAAGUUGUAGUUUAUGACUACAUCUGGAAAGCACCACAUUGAGUGAUGCUGCUCCAGACCCUCUAAUGUGUGCUUCCCAGUUUCUCGCGGAGUGAAGGUGGGAUAUAAACCCUGAUGUGAAAUAUAAAUGAAGGGGGCACAAAGCCUAAACAGAAUGGAACAAAGUUGCUAAAAUGCAGUGCCGUAUAUAUAUAUAUUCUUUGUUUAUAUCAGGGAUCGGCAAGGUCUAUCUUGCCUGGGCCAGAUUGGUCCCGCGGAGAUUCCUCCGUGGGCUGGAUUAUGUGCGUGCCUGCGGUUUUCAGCAUCUGUGUGUGCACAGACGUGAUUUCCAGCGCCACAGAAGCAAGUCCCUGCACUGCGCUGUGCCGGUAUAGCGCAGCGUGAGAGCAGGCUCCUCGGUUCGGGGGUGGCUCGUGGGCCGGUCAAACAACCUCCGCGGGCCACUUCCGGUCCAUUGGCCUUAGGUUGCUGACCCCUGGUUAUAUGUUAAUCCAAGUCAUGACUAGUCAAGUCUCUGUUGGUGAACAGAGAAACCAUAAAAUGGACUGUAUCUCAAGAUAAAUAGAUGAUUUGAAGAUGUAAUGCGAUUCCAAGACAUCUGCUGAACCCUUUAGUUGGUGGAAAGCUCGCAUGUAUGAAAGUUUGGUAUGCCAGGAGUUCUCUCCACAAUCCAUGAAAGGACACUACAGAGUAUGAAUCUAUGCUUUCCCAUUAGAAUAUAUUCCCCCAGUGGCUGGUUUCUCUUAUUAUAUUUUAAAGAUACAACUCAUGCGUAGCAUCAAGAAGUGAAAGUAUUGAUAACGCGUUCUACUUGGGGAACAAAUGCUCACAUGAGUUGGAGUCGUAUAUUUGAGCAACUCUUUUACGAAGUAGAAAAGAGAGGUAUAAGUUUUAAAAAUAUAAAUAUAUAUUCGAAUUUUUUUGCCUGUAAUGCUUGGAUAUAUCUGUGGAUCUAAAGCUACAUAGUUUGGUGUGGGGAAAUGUGGAUUGUGUGAGUCUGUGUAAAAUUCAAUAUGUGGGAAAUACCUUGGACUGCAGUUCCAUUCAUAUUUACUGCUAUGAGCUUUCUGCGGUUGCAGUUUGGGAUAGCACAAGGCUCCUUCUCCUAACCAUAGCUCAAUGGAAGAGCACAUGUUUUGCGUGCAGAAGGUCCUAAUUUCAAUCCCUGGCAUCUCCAGUAAAAACAGGGGAUCAAGGAAGAAAGAUCUCUUUAUCUGCCUGAGACCCUGAAUAACCCUUGGCCUGGCUAAAAUGUUUUACUAAGCCAAACCACAGUUUAGCAUGAAUGUGUGGACUCCUGGAGGUUGUGACUGCUUUGCUCUUUCCAAGUUGUUCUGUUCUGAUGUGCCUUGCUAAACUGUGGCUUGGUGGCCCAGCUGAGCCUUUGCUCAUGGUUCAGUUCUCUCCAGACUAACAAGCCGUCACCAGGGUUUGUCCUGUGGCUUACGGCUCAUGGAGAAUUCCAGGAGAAUUAAACCAUGAACAUGGUGGGGACAGAAUGCUAAGCCAAAUCAUGACUUAGUGCAGCAGCAGGACCACCAGGGGGAGGAGCAAAGCAGCCUCAGUCUCCCCUCCGAGAACCUGCACAUUUCUGAUAAACCAUGGUUAGCCACAUGCCACUGGCAAUUGAAGUAGAUAAUACUAGCCUAGAUUGACCAAUGGUUGGACCUGGUAAAAGGCAGCUUCCUUCACACAGUUGGACCCUCUAGCCCAGUGCUGACUAACUGGUGAGUAAUCACUCUCCAAGGUCUCAGAGAUAUUUGCCCGCCUUCCUACCUGUAAUUUCUUUAGCUGGAGUUGGCAAGGAUCUGAGCUUGGGCUUAUGCAUCCUCUUAUCAACUGCCCCCACCCUCACCCAAAAUCCCUGAAGGUGGGCACUUAGGAAUCCUCAUCCUUAAUAUGCAUGAAUUGAUAGAUAUCCUUGGCUAAGGCCCCAGUGUGGAUUUUCUGAAAGGGAAAUUUAUUGUCUUUCCCCCCCACCCCACUUGGCACAAAGCAAUUUCUCACAUGCAGCUGCCCUUCAAACUGCACAUAUUGGAGAUUUUUCUUUGGAUAAGUACACUGGGAAGCCAUUAGUCGUACCUUGGUUGGCUAACGCCUUGCAACUCGGAACGUUUUGGCUCCCAAACGCUGUGAACCCGGAAAUGAGUGUUCCGGUUUGCGAACGUUCUUUGGAACCCAAAUGUCUGACGGGGCUUCCGCAGCUUCCGAUUGGCAGCAGGAGCUUCCUGCAGCCAAUCAGAAGCUGCGCCUUGGUUUCUGAACAUUUUGGAAGUUGAACAGACUUCCAGAACAGAUUACGUUUGACUUCAGAGGUACCACUGUACUAACUUUCCAGUGUGUGUCCAUGCAUUUAUUCAGCACUUAUAGGGACAGGUAAAAUAGGAAAAAUCUGAAACCCAUGUGUAGAUUUAGCCAUGUAGAAUAGCUUUCUGUGUAGUGGGGACAAAGAGAAAUAAUUUUUGUGUCAUUUAAAAUAUUUGUAUGCUGCAAUUUAUCAAGGGGGUUUAAUGCACAAAGCAGAGUAGGAAGGACUUUUUGCAUACCUCCAGACCACAAGAGCUGUCUGCCUGAGGGCACCCAUGUUGCUUCAUGACAUUCAUGCAUAUUGCAUUUCUGAUAUCCUCCCCACUUUCCAGUGCUCAUUCAGUUGCACUUACCUCUUUGCUAGAAGAAUUGUCCUUCUGAAUCCCUGCACAAAGGAAUUGAUCCUAUUGUAGCUAAGAAAGGAGGUAGGGGGGACCACUUGAUUAAACUACAGGGUGGGAAAACUUCAUUCAUAUCUUUUCGUGUCCUCUGUUCCCAGUGGUAACCAAGCAGAUCAAAAUCGCAUCCCUUGCUAAGCAGUCCUCGCUCGCCACCAUCACCCUUGAUGGCUUUGCACGCAGAGCCGAUCAGCCCUGCGCUGCGGUAGCCCUCGGGUGCAAGGAACUGUAGGAGUGGGUGGGUCCGUUUUGAACAAUAAACGAAUGAAAACCACUUUCCAACUGACUACGCAGCAUGUUUGUGUGCGUGUGUGUGUUUUCUAAAGAAUAAAAAUACAUACCUAAAAUACAUGUCCCGUUGAAUAAAUAGAACCAACAUCAGUGGACCUUGCCGAAACAAUUUCAAUAGACAGUACCGGAGAGGAAUUGUCGAUGGAUAACUCAGAUUUACCUGACACUACCAGGGGCUCAGAAACAGAGUGUGAUUAUGAUGCAAGCAUAGAAACUAAUAUAGAUGAUCCCGAUUUCCCGGAUGAGAACUCGAGAGUGAAAACGAAGAGGCGCGAUACAGAUUUAACACUAAACACAGUAGGUAAGUGAGUUUCCUUGUUAACGUAGGUUAUAGCAGUGAUUCCCAAACUGGGCUGGGGCAGGAAGCAAGCGUGUGCCACGAGAGGGGCUGGAAAAUGAACCUUGGUUAAAACGAGUGCCCAAACCAGGUGCAUUCGCUCUGUAGGGAUGCCCUCUACCAGGGGUGGGGAACCUCACCUUUGCCCUUUCCCCAGGUUGCACCCCUUGCCCUCCUUGAGUUCUUUUGCCCGGCUGAUACAUGUCCCAGAACUGUGAUGGUGUCUCUGCUUGUCCAGAUGGAGAAGAGGUGGUGUCAAGGGAACCCCUGGCUUUUGCAUGGCUGGGAUUCGCACUGCCGCACUAAGAUCACAUCCAUUGCUCUGUCCACUUUUGCCUCUGGCCUCACCCACUGUCAGCGUGCAACUCCCAGAAAGUUCCUCACCCCUGAUCUAUACCCACACACUGUUUCUGCCACUCUUAUUGGCAGAGAUAUCAUCUGAAAGAAAGGGUAUAAGGAAACGCCAAAAUUCUCUGACAGCACCUUGCAAUGCAGCAGAGAAGGCAACAGGUGAAUCAUAGAAAUGUCGCAGCUGCCAAGACAGCAUCCUGGGUCCCUACCCUGCAUCCAGGGUGAAAGGGGGCACUGGAUGCAAUUUUAGCUGUGCUCUCUGGCAGUCACGAAAAAGAGGCCCACACUGUUUGUCUAAAACAGGUGUGGGAUGAACCCCUGGCCCUCCAGAUGUUACUGAACUACAACUUCCAUCAGCCUCAGCCAGGGAUGAUGGGAGGUGUAGUUCAGUAGCAUCUUAAACCACACCUGGUCUAAAAGCUGCAUGAGAAAAGGAAGCAUCUAGUUCUGAUAGUAUGUAGAUGGACCCGAUCUAGUACUCUUUUUAAACCUGUUCAUUUCAAAGGCGGAGAUCUGACCUUGUGUGUAAUUCUCCUGUUGGAAUGCAUGGGAAUUCAAAAGUGCUAAGCUGUCUAGAUUGUGCCCAGUCUUAGCACCUGGCAGUAAGUCAGACCUCAAACACUUUUUAUCCCAUCCUUUCCCCCAGUCUUGGUCUAGACAUUGUCCUCUAUUAGCUAAUGUCUUUUAACAUGAUUCUGCUACUAACUUUGUUAUAUGCAUGGCAUAGCUGCUGAUUUAAAAAGCUGUUCUUUUUAAGCUACCUUUGAGAAAGAGUAAGCUUGCCAUAGACGUUUCCCACCUUUUCUGCAUGUUUCUGCAUUCAAAUGUCUGUAUAUCUUUAUUCUGUGUCCUAAUUCUGCUCUAAUAACCUCUCUUUCUUUCUCUUUCUCUUUUAAAUUCAUACUUCCAUUUGCAGCUCCAGAUCUUUCAACUUCAUGCUGUUCUGUAAAGAACAAGGGUGUAGCAGGAAAAACAAAAGCUUUAACCAUUAAGUGCACCCUUCCUGAUGUCCAGGCUUUUCAUUUGCCUCUGAUGUGCUUGCUGGUGGCUGUGUGUAUGUGUAUGAUUCCUCCCUCCCCUUCAAGCACCAGCCUCCACUUUCCUUGUAAAAGAUAAUUUUCUGUUCAUAUAAGGUACAAAGAGAUCAGUGGCCAGCUCCAAAAGAAAUGUGCACCCAGUGGCUUGUAUUAGUUCUUUUUCACUUCUUCUGUGGCUUGUAUUAGUUCUUUUUGACUUCUUCUGUGGCUAAGGGCAACCGCACACACCCAUUGCCAUAUCUCAGAAUGCUUCUAACUCUCCCCGUUCGAGAUGUAGUCUGCAGUGCAGCAGAGGAGUGUAAGCUGCUGCUGUACGGCAGGUCAGGCAUCUUCUCCAUCUAACCUAAGUUUUACUGCUCCCAGCAUAUUACCUCCUCCCUUUAAACUGAAGAUUUAACUGAAGGUACAGUGGCACCUCGGUUGUCGAAUGUAAUCCAUUCUGGAAGACCAUUCAACUUUGAAAACGUUCGACAACCCAAGCGCAAUUGCCGGUUGGCAAAAUCCACUGAAAAAAUGGAGGGGGGAAAUGAAGAAAUGCGCCACAGAAGCCAUUUGACUUCCAAGGCAUGAUCAAAAAUGGAAGCAUUCACUUCCAAGUUGUCGGCGUUCGGGUUCCGAAUUGUUCGGCUUCCGAAUUGUUCGACAACCGGGGAUCCACUGUUCAAAGCUUUGGGAUUCUUCUGCAUGCAGAACAUAUGCUCUUCCACUGAGCACUGCUUCCUCCUCAUUUGGGAAGAAAGAACAUCUAAAUUCUCUUUUCAGCUGUGCAGAACUCAUUUCACGGUUCCUUGGAUCCUGGCCAGUGCGCAAAAUGUUAUUGUGUGUUAACCUACAGUUGUCCAGGAUAGUCCUGAGUUCAUCUGUCACCCCCUCCAAUAUCAGCUUGAUUCAAGUAUAUUGUCUGUAAACAGUGAAAGUCUGGCAUAAGGCAGGGAUGGGUAGCUUGUGGUCCUCUAGAUGUUGAAGGACUCCAGCUCCCAUCAGCCUCUGCCAGUAUGGUCAGUAGCCAGGAGUGAGAGGAAUUGUGGUCCAGCAUCACCCAGAGAGAACCUCUGUGCUUUCUUUGGAACUGGGGAGCUGGUGCAGUUUUAGUAGCUAAGACCAUCAGGAGGAAACCACAGUGGUGGGAAUUGUAAGACAAAAACAUCACCAGAGGGCACCUGUUUGGCAAUGGCUGCUAUAAAUUUUUGAGCAAUGUGCCCCAAACUUCUAGUACUUGGAGCACGUUUAAAUUAUUAUUUCCUCACUGAGUUGAAACUGGAUGCACAUUGUUUGCCAGAUACCUUGAGCAGGUUUGGUAUCUCCAUUGAUAUUGUCUGCUGUCCUUCGCCCUGUGCAUUGUGCAGUUGUCUGUAACUCAGGUACAGGUUGGCACUGUCUAGCCAUGGGAUUCCCCUCCUCUAUUAGCAAAAGGCUGCAUCAGGGAACAGACACAUCCUUACUCCCUCCUGCCAGAUUGCAUCUCAGUCUGGUCCAUAUUACUGGCAGAGAGAGGGAAGAUAAGUGCUAGGCAUGGUCUUCGCCUCUGCCAAUAUGAUAUUGCUCCUUGCUCAUUCAACAGGUUACCUUAAUGUUCGAUGCUUUCGCUCCACUGUUGUGUCCUGGCACAGAGUUUGGUCUUUGAAUUUUUUGGCUGUUCUGGAAACUGCCCAAAUUGCUACUCUAUUCCCUGUUCCUCCUAGUGGGCUCUGGUAUAAUAAAACUCCUCGAUCAAAGCCUUGUAUCUCCAACCAGUUGCCAUAUUUCAUCUAACUUUGGAGUUAGGUUUACAGCACUUCCCCCUCCCCUUUCUGUAUUUGUCUGUCUGUCCUGGAGCUGACUUUUAUGUACAUUCAUCCUCCAGCAGUAUUCUGCCGGGGACAAUCAGUUUGUUUCGUGACGUCCAAAGGUCAGGGAAGGGAAUUCUAAAAAAGUUCUUUAUUAACUCGGCUGCCUAGCAGUUUCUUGUCUCUUAGGAGAGGUGUGUUGAAUUUUGAAUGGCUUCCCAUAACAACAAAAACUCAAAGUGGUCUACAACAAGAAUAAAAUACAGUAAUCAAAUAAAAUGUAUUAAAAACGUAAGGGUCAAAACACCCAGCCGCUGGUGCUGCACAAAUGAAACUGCUUCUCAGGGUUGGUUGCCCAUCCACAAUGAUCACCUGCAAGCAUGCAGGUCACAUGGCCACACUCUUCCCCCACUAGGGUGAGGUGUUUCUUAUCUCCUUUAAAAAACAAGCUAAUUCAUUUUAAAUUUGCAUCUAAAUUAGCACAUGCAAAUAUGUGCCUUUUUGUUGUUGUUUUGACAGUUAACUUUCUCUUAUUUUGGGGGUAUUGCACAAGUGCCCCCUCUGGCUGUUGCUGGAUAUGUCAGCAUCGUUUAAGUUCAGGGACAAGCCAAUCUUUUGGGGAGUGUGGAGUAAUGGGGCAUAAAAAGUCAUAGUACUGCUUGGAGCUGGGUCAGUCCCCGCCUGAGGAUCUCUCCUCAAAACCCACCUCUUCCAUAAAGGUGUUGACUUUAUCCCUUGGUCCCUCACCCUGGUCCAAAACUAUGCAGACAUUUUAAUUGUUGCUGAUAUACACACAACACAUUUCCAUUACGUCUCCAUUUGUUGUCUCGCCCCACAAUUGAUGGUAUGUUCCUGGAGCUUUGGUCCAAAGGCACAUGAUGUAGCCAGCUUUCUGAAGCCAAGCAAACCAGGGUCCGGCUCUUGGGGAUCCUUGCAGGAUAUAGCAAUGCAAUUACAGUGGUACCUCGGGUUAAGUACUUAAUUCGUUCCAGAGGUCUGUACUUAACCUGAAACACUUCUUAACCUGAAGACCACUUUAGCUAAUGGGGCUUCCUGCUGCCGCCGCGCCACCGGAGCACGAUUUCUGUUCUCAACCUGAAGCAAAGUUCUUAACCUGAGGUACUAUUUCUGGGUUAGUGGAGUCUGUAACCUGAAGCAUAUGUCACCUGAGGUACCACUGUAAAUGUAUUUAAGGCUGUAAGCUCCUAAAUGCAAGAGGCUGAGAGUUCUGUUUGAUUUUUCUCCUUUAUUUACUCUUAAGUUUACCCCAUUUAUUCCCCCUCGACUGCUUUGUUGCAGGGACCACAUAAUAACUCGCUCCGCAUUUGUAAGGAAUCAAUUUUUUAGCAUUGCCGCACCUAUACUGCGGAACUUUCUGCCUCUUGAUAUCAGGCAGGAGGCUUCACUGUACUUUUCAGCACUGGAUAAAAACAUUUUAUGCAAGUGGUCAAGUGGGUAUAUAUGGAGUAUGCGAGUCAAUUUCUCCCAAACUGUGAAGGGUUGUUACCUUGAACUUGUCCCAGUAGCAAACUGGCAACCAGCACAGGCCUCUGAGCAAAAGUGUUAUAUGCUGACAAAGUCUCGUUCCUGGCAGCAGUUAUGCUGCAGCAUUCUGCACUCCCUGCAGCUUCCAGAUCAAGCUCAAGGAAAGCCCCACGAAGAGCACAUUCCAGUAGUCUAAUCUCAAAGUAACCAAUGCAUGAACUGCUGUUAGGCAUCAAAUGUUGGGAGGGCAGGGUUAUUAUUGUAAAACCUUUUACCUAAUCUCUGCCUUGUUUCAAUCAAUGGUUUGCAACAUGAAUUUAUCUCGCUUGAAUAGUGAUGUGCUUAGGUAAUUUUAGACUCUGGUUUCUGGCACCUCUUGGGCGGGUGCCAUUGCGGGCCGGCAAUCUCCCUGCCCGCUUCUUGCCUUUACAUACUUCUGAGAAAGUAUGAAAAUGAACAUUUCAAGUCAAAAUGGAUGGUAGCCAGUGUGUGCGAGUCUACACUUUUUUUUAGAUCUAUGACUCCACCUAGCUCCUAGCCGCUCCUGGGUGCAAUUGCUCAAGCUAUGGGACAGAGCCAAUUCGGAUUUCCUUUUCUUCAAUCCAUCUCCCAUGUAGUGGUAGUGGGCCUUAAGUUUUUAAGCCAGGCCUCUACCAUUGCACACAAGCAUUUUCUCAAGGGCCCUUCUGAGCUGCCCUAGCCACCCACCUGAAUCUAUGAGAACAGGGGAGGCAGGGGCACAUUUAUUUGACUUGCACCAGAACCAGGGGCAACCCCCAAACCAGCUAGGGAGACAGCUUGCCAUAGUUUUUAGCACCUCCUUGGGCACUGAAUGCAGCUGUUGUCAAACCGGCACCCGUUCAGGGCUGCCCCAAGUCACCUGGUGACUUGCUGUAACAACUUCAUGGUGAGUUCUGGCACCUAUUUUUUCUUGGGGGGGGAAAGCACUGGCUGUAAGUAAAAUGUAUUGCCUUCUUUGCUGGCUCUGGGAGCUGCAACUGCUUAACUUGUUCUAGACCAGGCAACUUAGGCCUUGUCAGAGACCCAAGACCCAAACAUGCAUUUGGGGACCCAUUUCUCAAUCUUUCACCAUACAUUUGCAUGGUGGUAGUAUGCCUGUUGCAACCCGCCUUGGAUCAGACCACAGCACACUAGUGAGUCCGCGCCCAGCAAUUGGAAGACCUACCUAGGCAAUCUUCAAAGAUUAUAUUGAGGAGUUGUGUUAGGGUUCUGUGUCUCAAGCGACACUUAAGGCUGUCUGCAAAGACAUGUUUUCGGUCUUACAUAACCCCCUAUUUCAGCCGUCAGUGGCCCACUUCAGAUGUCAUUAUUUCAGUCUUAUUUCAGACUAAGAGCGGUAUUUAAGCCAAUUCAUGAAGACAGCUAAAACUAAAGGCGCACACUUCCAGCCUUAUUGAACUGAAGUUCACACUUCUCUCUCCCUGUUUUAAAGGUGUGUGAUGAUUUCAGGAUUAUUAUUAUACUUUUAUGGCAUGGAUCAGAUCUCCCAAUGAGGUCGCAUCCGCAGGAGUCCCUCUCUUGCGGAGCACAGUGAUCAGUUGGGGCAUAGACAUAAAUUACUGGCAUGGUAAUUGUCAGCUACUUUGUAAGGCUUGCCCGAAAAAUGAAAAUGUUUCAUAUAUUGUGGGUUAGCUGGGGCUCAGUGGGGAAUCUUUCGUUGUGAUUCCUGUUGGGAUGCUCCCCUUCCUCACCCUCCCAUUUGCAGUCCCCUGCACACCCCCAAAUUCUGUUCCAGGGGGCUUCCAACUUCCCUCCUUCUUCUCUGCAGUGUGCUCCCAAAACAAGACCCUUAACAGCUUGGGCCCAGGAUACCUUAUUCCUCAGAUCCCUACGUGAUCACAGGUGUUUAGGGGAGUGUCACUGCUAUUGGUCCCUUGUGGCUUAGAUGCACAGCUUGCGUCCACCAGGAGCCAUGCAGUCAGUAAUGUGGGGCUGACUCUGUGGACAUCUCUCCUGGCUGAGGUCAGAUAGAUCCCCUCCCUGUUGAACUUUGGGUGCUUUGUGAAGACCUUUUUAGUUCAGCAGGCUUUUUAAAGUAAGCCCCCACCCCAUUUUAUGGAUAAUUUAACUUUAUCUUUUGUAUCUGUUUUGUACCUCAUUGUGCACUGCUUAGAAACUACAGUGCUUUUAAAAUUUGUUAUUAUCGAUAAAUAUCCUGUAUAUCAAAGAUUUCAACGUAAAAUGAAUUGUGUUGCAAGAAACCCACAACCAUACAUAAGGUUGCACAAUUUUCUGGAGCUCUGUCGCUCCACUGCAUAAGAAACAUACCAUACCCCAUUUCGCCGUAAAAAAUAUUGUUCUGUUGCCUUCCCUCCCCUAACCCUUGCUAUAUUCAUUUAUUUAACCAUAUUACAAUUCCCUAUCUUUGCACAAUCCAUUCAACAAUUGGCGCUCCUCUUUUCAUUUCCCUUUUUCUUUUAAAAAAACAACAUAGGUUGUUUGCCCUUAGAAUGUCCAGCUUCUUCGCUAUGGAAAACAAUACCUGUAUUGUUUCAUCUUCUGUAUGAGAAAUAAAUGAAAAACAUGAUGUUAAUGUGCAUUGGACUGAGGGUGAGCGAGGAGUUAAACGAUGGAACUCCCUCCUACAGAAUUCAGCAAUGGCCACCAAUCUAGAUGGCUUUAAAAGAGGCUGGGACAAAUUCAUGGCAGAGGAGGGAGAGUCUUUGUUCUACUUCCAUGGUCAGAGGCAGUCAUGCUUCGGAAUACCAGUUACUGGAAACUGUAGGAGGGAGAGAGCGCUGUUGUGCUCUCGGGUCCUGCUUUGAGGAUUUCUAUGGGCAUCUGGUUUAAUUACAUAAAUUACAUGUGAGAACAGGAUGCUGGUCUAGAUGAGCCAUUGGCCUGAUCCAGAUAAAACUUAUGUAAUUAAACACACAACACAAAUACAAACACCCUGGUGUUAAUCAGUAUAUGAAUUGUUAAAAGAUCUACUCCGAAGCAGUGGCUUAGCAUGGGUUGCUGGUGCCCAGGGCAACGCAAGUGUUGCACCCCUCUGGUGGACUGGGCAGCUGGGGGGAGGAAAGGGUGAGCUGGCCCAACCUCAUCGGGGCAUCAGCCGCACGGAGGAGGCGCUGUCCUAGCCCUGAAGGCUCGGACCGGGUGCAGCUUGCCUCCCUGCAGCUCCGGAAGGUUGCAGGAGCUCAGCCAUGCUGAGGGAGCCUGCUGUGGGUUGUCUAGUUGUGCCCACCCCUUGGACCCCUGCCCACUACACCACUGCUCCAGAGGAGCCCCAAACCCUCUAGAGCAGAGUUUCUGGGGGCUGCAGAGGGGAGGGAGAGGAAGAGGAAGGCUUGUUGGGUGAGCAGAAGUCUGUUGUGCUUGGGCAAAGGCAGUGUUGCACACAUCCCCUUAUACUCCCCAAACAAGACUGUGUAUUGAGCCUCUCUGCUGGGUUUCCAGUGCAUGAAAUUCUCUGUGUACAUCCAGGGGAGCAAGCGGGGUGCAGGCUUCCUAUCGAGUAACCCCUUUGGCGUGGGAGAUUUUCAUGUGAGCAGCAUACGGCCAUCAUUUCCCUUUUCAAAUAAAUGUCCAACUGCCUCUGAAUACGAAGCUAAAUCUCAAUCCUCAACUUGAUUUCCACCUCUCAUGACCGGCAGAGAGAUUAAACAAGGUGGUGAGUGUAUGAUGGAGCCUUCUGGAGUAUCUGAACAAUUGAAAGAAUGUGGUUAAAGUUCUGGACAUGGCCAGAUUUGGGUCUUCAAGGGAGGAAUUUAAACCCCAAGGGCACAGGACCUGAAACUGCAAAGUUCAGAUUUUUGCCUUGUCUUUAUCUCUAUCGCAUCUUUUUGCUCUCUUUCCCCACAGCUUCAGCAUCAGAUAGCGCAGAGCCAUCCUCUGAAGAACAAGAGAAAUCACUUGACAAACCAAAACAGAAAAAAACUCGCUGCUUCAUGUGCCGGAAGAAGGUUGGGCUUACCGGUAAGUUCCUUUUCAUUUCAGUAACUUGAAAUGCGAGCUGUAGAUCAACAGUAAGAGCUUACUUCUGCCUUUGAAAUACAGUGGUACCUUGGGUUACAUAUGCUUCAGGUUACAUACACUUCAGGUUACAGACUCUGCUAAUCCAGAAAUAGUACCUCGGGUUAAGAACUUUGCUUCAGGAUGAGAACAGAAAUCGGGCUCCAGCGGUGCAGCAGCAGCAGGAGGCCCCAUUGGCUAAAGUGGUGCUUCAGGUUAAGAACAGUUUCAGGUUAAGAACGGACCUCCGGAACGAAUUAAGUACUUAACCCGAGGUACCACUGUAGACACGUCUGGAUCCUCUAACAUUGAGCUCAAACCAGCCCCUGCCUUUUACUCCCCCGUUUAGAGGAGGUGGUGCAAAGCGUGGUGAUUUGGUGUGUGUCUUUUCAACUACAGUGGUACCUUGGUUUACAAACUUAAUCCGUUCCAGAAGUCCGUUCUUAAGGCAAAGCAUUCUUAAACCAUAGCGUGCUUCCUUUAGCAGCAGGGGACUCAAUUUACAAAUGGAACACACUGAACAUGUUCUGCUUCCUAGGCAAAGUUCACAAGCCAAAACACCUACCUCCAGGUUUGCAGCGUUCUUAAUCCAAGUUGUUCAUAAACUAAGCUGUUCUUAAACCCAGGUACCACUGUAUCUUUAUAGCAGCUGCUAUUUGAUGCAUCUUAUUAUUACUGCUAAUUACAGUUGGAAGCCUGCUCUUAAUUGUUAAAUUGGGUUUUUAGAAGACUUGUGUUUUUUUAAUGCAAGUUUUAUAAGACUUGUGUUUUCUUUAUGUAAGUUGUACAUAACUUGGCAAUCCACCCAGCUGAAGGGCAAGUUGUGAAGGUUCUGAGCAAGUAAUAAUGAAAUGGUGUAUUUAUUAUUAACAUUACUGGUGUCACGUUGUCACUGUGCCCUUCAACUUGCGAUGAGCUGACAAGCAGCCUUUCAUCUGGUCUGAUCUGAAAUGUUGUGCAGCAAAUUACUUUGGGGGGUCCCUGCAGCACAAUAUACACCCAGAAGGCUUUGUUUGGCCAGAAUUGAGUCUACACUUCCAGAAUGGAUGCUAAAUACAUUACUUCUUGCAAAUGAGCCACCAUGGCCACUAGAGGUCCAUGAAAAUUUUUGUCCUGGGCUUUUUAGACUCGUCUACUCAUGUACUGGGACAUGGGUGGCGCUGUGGGUUAAACCACAGAGCCUAGGGCUUGCCGAUCAGAAGGCCGGCGGUUCGAAUGCCCGCGACGGGGUGAGCUCCCGUUGCUCGGUCCCUGCUCCUGCCAACCUAGCAGGUCGAAAGCAUGCAGUGCAAGUAGAUAAAUAGGUACCACUCCGGCGGGAAGGUAAACGGCGUUUCUGUGCGCUGCUCUGGUUUGCCAGAAGCGGUUUAGUCAUGCUGGCCACAUGACCCGGAAGCUGUAUGCCGGCUCCUUUGGCCAAUAAAGCAAGAUGAGUGCUGCAACCCCAGAGUCAUCUGCGACUGGACCUAACAAUCAGGGGUCCUGUUGCCUUUUACCCAUGUACUAUCUGAAACCAAAGGGGCACACAUUGCUUUGUACCCAGGUGUGCGGCUGAAAGGACUCCCUCGGAAGGGGGUUGACUCUCCUUCCUUGGAGAUUUUUAAAUUGGAUGGCUGGCCAUCUGCCCUGGAUGCUGCAGUUGAGAUCCCUGCAUUGCCAGAUGUGAAAUACAUAGACAUUAAAUUCAGCUCUCCUGCCCCGCUAAGCGCUUUGAGCAAAGGAAGUGCACCCCGCUCUUCUCCUGACCCCCAAGCCUCUUACAGCCUCCCUGUCUUCUCUCCUCCGCAGGAUUUGAAUGCAGGUGCGGCCACGUUUACUGCGGCGUCCACCGCUACUCAGACGUCCACAGUUGCUCUUACAAUUACAAAGCGGAUGCAGCCGAGAAGAUCAGAAAAGAGAAUCCUGUAGUCGUCGGGGAAAAGAUCCAGAAGAUUUGAACUGCUACACUCUAGCUGGAAUAUUAAACAAAAACGAAAAAAAACCACAAAAAAUAUAUGACCAUCUGCAGAUGAAAUUGACUUGAGCUUCUUCCCCUCGCCCACCCCCUUCCCAAUUCUUCCUCCCCUCCUGCUUUAGUCAUGCCGAAUCAUGCAUGUCAUCCAAAAGCAUAGGUUCCCCCCUCCCCCUUUUAGAACAUGACUAAACUUUAUUGCAAUGCCCCCACCACCACCACAACAGCUGAAGAGUUAAGCAACCUUUACACUUGUGAGAUUCACUAUAGGAGUCCCUGUGGGGCCCCUGAAUAAAUACGAUGGCUAUUCAAGUAUUAUCCUUUUGAAAUAAUUUUUAAUUUUAGUUGAGUGCAGAGGGCUUUUUAUAAUACCGACACAGAGAUAUAUCGGAAGGCAGCAGCGCUUUUGUUUGUAUUUCUCUCUCUUCUGUUGUACUCAAACAUGCAUGCAUUAACCUGGCCGUUUUUGUUUUCCGGGGAUUUCCCCAUCUCUCUCUUUUUUUGUAUAUAGCUUUCCUUUCCUUUUCUCUGCAGCACGAUUUCCCUCCCGCCCCCCCCAUAACGCCUCGUACGGCACAACUAGCGAUCAGUAACUGAAUGUAUUUUAAUCAUUGCGGCUGCUUGGGUUUUUGUUUUGUUUUCCGUUCUCCUCCCCCAUUAACAAAGGUUUAUACAUAUGUUAGCAUAAUAGCUUGUUUGCACCCCCCACUACCUAUUUAUGUAUGAAUCAUUUGUAAUGCGUGAGUCUGAGCGUGUGAUUGAGUGAGUGAGUGAGAGAGAGAGAGAGAGAGACAGAGAAUUCUGAGAUUCUAAAGUUUGCGUGUGGGAUUUUUGUUUUUCCUUUUCAAAGAUAACUUCUAGGAUAUUUCUUCCCACCCCCUUCUCCCCUGUGUGUGUGUGUGUGUUCUGGGACGGGGGGGAGGGUGGGGGUGUUGUCUGCACUUCCUUGCCGACUGCAGGUUUUCUUGGGGUUUAUGUUAUUGGGUCCUUUAUGUACACCAAUAUGAAGAAUGAUGACGUUUUAACUGUAUUGUAUUUAUGUUCAUCCACGUCUUUAACUUUGAUUAAAAUAAAAUUUUAAAAAAUUGGGAUUUGG